AUUUAUUGUAAUUUUAUGUUACAUUAAUUAGAAGUUAAAUUAUGUAUUUAUAAUAUUGCAUAUUACAUCUUAAUAAGCAAAAUGCGCACAAUAUACCAGCAAAUUGGCAACAGUUUCGCUCAAAAGUUACAAGCAAAGUGGCAUCAGUUAUGUCCGCAUUAGACUUGUAAUUUGCCAGCAGAACAUAAUUUAACAUCAGAUUGGUGGCAGAAAUCAAAUAGGAUUUACGCGCGCGCAAUCUGACGGAUAAAUAAAUAAUAAACUCUAGAUAAAAAAUAAAAAAUAAAUAAAAUUUAUAAAUAAGUUAAUUAAUGAUAAUUUAGCAUAAAUUUAGAGAUUGAAGCUAGACUUAUAAUAAUAUAAGGUUUAUAUAAUAUGUAAGUUGUGUGUAAUUCGACAACGAAAGCAAUUGUAAUCCGUCAGAAAUCAAUGAAUAUAUAACUACAUUUAUUUUAUUAAUUAUAAUUAUAAUUUAAAAGCAACAGUUAUAUUUGCUACAUGAUUGCAUUAGAGACAAUUUGAGACAAUUUAAUCAUUUGUAUUGUAUGAAACAAUUGUAUGGGAUGUUGUUGAAAAUUAUAGCAUUAACUAUUAAUUAAGCUAAAUUAAGUGGGAUAAGAAUAUAAUACUGUUUUGUCUGCGAUCUUCGUCGUCAUAUUUUCAUUUAAUCUACAAAUCGAAAUAUCGCAUCUCUUGAAACUGACACACUUUUGCUGCUUCUUGACGAAAGAACAUACGUGAUUGGGUGGUCGCACCGCAAAAUUAUGUCCGCAAAGACUUGAUCAUUAUUAAAUCGCGUGUCAUUGAACGCAUUUUCGUAAUAAACGACCAAAAUAAUCGAUGAGCGACGGCUGUUGGCUCAUCGGUGAUAAUAGUGUGUUACCUCGCGGGCUCGUCCACGUUCCUCGACACGGGGCAGAAAAACUAAAAAGAAGAAGCGGGUCGAAAGAGAAAGGGAGAAAACGGGGCAAAACGCAAGAUAAGAAAGAGAACGACUUCGUUGGAGGACGAGGGGUAAAAGACGAGUAGCAUGGCGAAGUCAAAUGUCGAGUGAUGCCAAAGUUAAAUAUAAACGGGUGGCAAAAGAGAGAGAGAGAGAAAGAGAGAGAGAAAGAGAGAGCGUCGCGACGCCCAUCCUGAAUCGAUGAUCCAGCGCCGGAGCCAGUCUCCCGUGGUCCGCGACUCGAUCCAACGUGGAAAUCGUUCUUGUCUCUCACCACCCCCUCGCAAUCUUAUUCUGCUAAUCUCGAUUAAAUUCUUCGCUCGCGAUCGAUCGCAGUGUAUCACCGACGAAAAAAAAAAACGAAUAAAAAAGUGCAACUGUUGGAGUACGUGAGAUCUGCUCGCAGCAGCAUCCGAUUAAUGUCUCCGUGCGUAUGAGAUCAACCGAUCAUCGAAAUCGCGGAACAUUCAUAUUGGAUCGUAUCGAGAAUUCGUGGUUUUAUCGCAAUGCUGGUCUGUGAGCGAGAUGAAGUGAAAAGUAAUUCGAAGUAGUCCGAAAUGUCGCAACAGCACCCGUCGAGGGCAUCCGGAGGCCACGUGCCUCCGGGUGGCCGAUCAGGACGAGCCAAUGCACCGAAUAUGCCGAGCGCCUUUAGAUCUGCCUCGCCGUAUACACCCUCGUCGUCGCCGCAUCCGCAAGGACGGGUCCCCCGCGGGCCCCCGACACCGAUUCAUUCGGCUCGUCCUAUGUCACCGCUCUCGUACCCCGGAAUGAUGAUGCAUCCGAUGAGCCCGGUGCCGAUCGGGAUGCCUAUCUCGCCCGGCAUGUCGCCCGUCUUUGGCUGUCCCACUUCGAGUUACAUCCAAUGUCCAAGACCACGGUGGCCUUCGCCGAUCCCUAUGGGCAGUCAAGUACCGAAGCCGUUUAUACCGACACAGAGUUCCUUUAGAAGCGAUUCGGCAUCGCCGAUACCAUGCGCACCGCCUGAAUAUCUGAUAGCACCCUAUAGACCUGGGGAUUACGAAUAUAUCGGGGUGCCCUUAGAUCAUACGCAGACGGACGAGGAAAGCAGCGGUCCGAGCACAGCCGAGAUCAUUGCCAGCCAGAGCCAAGAUUACGUGGACGAAAAGCUUGCCGAGUACCAAGCUACUAUCCAGCAAUUACAAGACGAACAAGAACGCGUGCAGAAAAAAACCUUCAUAAAUUGGAUUAACUCUCAUUUAUCGAAGAGAGUUCCAACACUUCAUAUUAAUGAUUUAAUCGAGGAUUUGAAAGACGGUACGCGCCUUCUCGCGCUACUUGAAGUUCUUUCAGGGGAGAAACUGCCCGUAGAAAGGGGCCGUAAUUUAAAGAGACCGCAUUUUCUCAGUAAUGCCAACACCGCGCUACAAUUUUUACAAAGCAAAAAGAUCAAAUUAGUGAACAUAAAUUCGUCCGAUUUGGUUGACGGACGACCGCCGGUAGUAUUGGGCUUAAUAUGGACCAUCAUUCUGUAUUUCCAGCUACGAUCAAAGGAUCGCAAAAGGAUCGAGGAAAACACGAGGGCUCUCGAAUAUCUUGGACAAACCUGGGGCAGCCAAAGCAGCCUAGAAAGCCUCGGCACUCAGGGCUCGGCAGCAAGCGAAAGAAAACGCAUCAGUAGCGAAAAGUGGAAACAAGGAGCACGGAAAACCUUGCUUCAGUGGGUCACCAAUGCCUUGCCCAAGGGCAUUGAUAUUCAAGUUCGAGAUUUCGGUGAAAGUUGGAGAGAUGGAAAUGCCUUCUUAGCUAUCAUCGAUGCCAUAAAGGCCAACUUAGUGAAUAUAGCAGCUAUGAGAGAAGUGUCGAACAAAACUCGGCUGGAAACAGCCUUCCAGGUCGCCGAACUCGAAUUAGGUAUUGCCCGAUUGUUGGAUCCUGAGGACGUGGACGUGCCGCAACCUGAUGAAAAAUCGAUUAUGACAUACGUUGCCCAAUUUUUGCACAAAUAUCCGGAACCGGGAAACAUAGCUCCUGAUUCCUUCGCUGCCAUACAAGAAGAAUACGCUGGUCUUCUUAACUGGCUAAAUGAGAGAGUCAGGCAUCUCGAACAACUUGACAGAACCAACGCUUUCCCACAAAGCUAUCCGGAAUAUAUGCUAUUUAAAACAGAAAAUGAUGAGAAAUUAAUUAUAUACAAAAAAAUGCAAAGUUUAGUCGAUACACUCAGCAUGAUAAGCAUUACGCGGGAUUCUUGGAGAAAUAUACAAAUGCUAUGGCAGCAAAUGGAGCUAUUUAUGCUACAUUGGCGUUGGUUGUUGGAUUCGGCAUUACCAGGAGAAUUAGGUGAAACUGGCAGGUGGUUGGCGAGAGCCGAAACUCUCUUGCACUCGGACAAUGAUAUAUCGCAGGAAAUGACGGAAAGCACAGCGAACAUAAUCUCAAACAAGCUAGAGGACCAUAAGAAGUUCUUCCUUGAUUUACCGACCAUGACAGAAAAAUUCCAGCACGCCAAGAACUCGCCAUUAGCACGACAAAUCCAAUCCGAACAAUUAGAGGACAUGUCCGCGCGAUUUGACAGCUUGCCGAGUCGCGCUGCUAAGAGGAGAGUGAAAUUAAAAUUCUUAGAGCACAAAUGCUGUUUGGUCGCCUUUUUAUACCUCGUCGAGACCAAGCUUAAAGGGUGGAACAUCAAGUACGGCACGGAAGAGAAAGUGCAUCAAAUGCUGGAGCAGUAUCGUAACUUUGUCUCCCGAAACAGGAUAUUCCAAGAGUUUCAGAAGGCUUACUUGGACAUGCAGCAGGUUGCCGAAGAAUACAAGCGCGACGGUGAUAUUGAUCGGGAAGAGAGCUUGAAUAUCGAUCGCUUUAUGCGUGAAACGGCUGAAAAGUGGAAGAAUGUAUCAAUGGACUUGCGUUGCGUCCAAAGCAUGCUCGAGGAAGUUGUCGCUUAUUGGCGUCGCUGGACCACUGUCUCAGACGAGUUUGAGGCAUGGUUACUUCAUGCCGAGCCCGCUUUAAAUCUCCCGGAGGAGGAGAAGAUGGAGUUCUUCCAGGACAUCAGUGUAUGGAAAGACAAGCAUCAGCAGCUGUCAGACACUGUGAGCUUUCUGAUCGCCACAUCCGAUGAAUCGGUCGCGUUUCGUCUAAAGGAACGUUACGCAAAUUUGACAGCAAGAUGGGAGCAGCUCUUCCAAGAGGCUAAACAGUAUAUGCACGCGGGUGAUCUGAUUCGAACGAGGAAAGAUUAUAAGAUGGGAGUGGAGACUUUGCAAAACUGGUUAAGAGACGCAGAAGCUGCCUUAUUAAUUACCGGAUUAAACUCGACGGAGCGAAUAAAGGCUUAUGGAGAGAAAUUGCAGACUCUUCAUAAUGAGGUCGAGGGUAUUGAAGAUCUCUUCAAGAAUAUCAGCAAGAAGUUUCAAGCUCUUAUUCAGGAUUUGUCUCGCGACGAAGUCGACAAGAUGAUGAACACUUUAAAAAAAGAGAAAGAAGUACUUGUUAAGGUGCGUGCUUUGAUACCGAUGCAACUUCAUUUGUACCAUCAAUUGCUAGUGCAACAAGAAUCCUUAGAAGCAGGACAGAAAGAGAUAUCCGCAUGGCUGGAUGAGUUUGAAAACUUUAUGGCCAGUAUCAAUCUCGCAGGUGGCAGGGAUGCUGCACUGGCUCAAUUAGAUCGUCAUAAAGCUUUUCUCUCGAGAAUGCUCUAUUACAAAUCCAUGUUAGAAUCUAAAAAUAAAGUGUUUGCCAGCAUUGCCAAGACUGUGGGUACUUAUGCCGAUGCGGAGACAGCCGAAGGUAAAGCUACUCUGAAAGAACUCAAUGAUCGAUUUGUUAAAGUUUCUCAAGCGGCACAAGUCUGGGAACAACGUUUGCAAGAAUCGAUGCGACGCUGGACGAAGUUUAAGGAAUGCGAGCGACAAAUUACCGAGUGGCUUUCAGUUGCGGAGACAAUGAUCAACGACAAACAUCUUGACAAUCGUCAAUCCGUCGAGUGUCACAAAAAUUUCUUUGGCAAGGUCAACGAAAAAUGGAUACAGGAUCUUGUGAACGCCGGACAAGAUCUUCAGAAUACGUUACCAGCUGACCAGCAGCUGCCUAUCGCGAAUACAGUAGAGGCUCUUCAGAAUCGUUGGAGGGAAGUUCUCACUUUCGCGCCGCUUCAUUUAAUGAAGCUUGAAUUUCGCUUGGAUGAAGCUAGUUUUCUUCAAUACCUCAAAGAAAUUGAAAUGGAGAUUAGUUCCGAACAACAAGCGCUCAUUAAUAACGAUGAUGUGGAUGGUAUUCAGCAGCGCAAUAGAGAGUUCUUCGUGAACCGUGGUACCAUCCUCGAAGUCGAGCGUUGCCUACAAACUCUGAAGAAGAUUAGCGACGCCUACAACAAACUUAAGCCGAAAGAUACUAGUCUGACUAAUUCCGCGGAAAACGCCGAACGUUUGUGGGAAGAAGCCGCACAAAAAGUGGAAAACUUGAGGGCACAGCUGCGCGAAGUUCCACAACAAUGGGCAGCUUACAGACAGAAAUUCGAUGAGAUGGUACAUUGGAUGGAUCAUGUUGAUAGUACUCUGAGAACUAUUUUACGCGAAGUCAACACUCUAGAAGAAUUUGAGAAGGAAAAGACCAUAUUCCAGCUCCAAACUUUGACGAAAAUUUGCUGCGAAGCCGAUAGCAAGCGCGAAGAGAUGAAGUGGCUGGUUCAAACUCUCGACAAUCUAACGUUGAAUCGUUCGGACCGCGAUGCACUCACGGCGCAGCAAAAUUUGGAACAGCUAAUAACUCGUUAUAAAAACCUUAUACCGACGAUUGAAAUCACAAUGACAAAGACAGACAUCUAUUCGAAAAGUUAUACCUAUCGAAAGGAAGUGCAUGAAGUGUGCAUUUUGUUGCGCAAGGUUCGCGAACAAUCAGAAGUCGAGAUUACGUCCGAAGUUCCUGAGAAGUUAGAAAAUGCGGUGGUUCAUCAGGAAUCUCGUCUUAAUCAAUUAGAGCAACAGCGAGCGACUGUUGUCAGCAUGUUACAACGCGGCAAAGAUAUUCUCAAGGAUCAGCACGCGCCAUCCUUUGUUUCCUCCGAGAUCCAACAAUUAGAAGCCAACUGGAACGACACAUAUGGUCAAAGUAUGGAAAGAUUAAAAUCUCUGAAGGAAUCACAAAAACUCUGGAGCACCUAUCAAGAGCAGAAGGACGAAAUUUACAAAUUGAUUGAGCAAGCCGAGCAAGAGUUGCGACAAAUUGACUUGACAUCUUAUCAUGAUGCCACUCAAGUAACCACUGAUCUGCAAAAGAAACAGGAAUUCAACGCGAAUUUGAGAAAAUCAGCCGAAGAAAUAAUGAGAAAGCUGCGCGAAACGCAUACUAAUCUUUCUCAAACGCUGACGCUCGCACCGCCAAGUAAGAAGGAAAUAUUGGAAAAAGAAGUGACAGAAACUGAGCAGAAGAUGGAACACACACUAAAAAUUGUGCGUGAAAAAAUUGUUUAUCUUGAAGAACACAGUACUCGAUGGAACAAAUUUCAAUCAAAACUGAUGGAGCUUCGAACCUGGAUUCAACAAGCCGCACCUCAAUCAAUCGCAGAUAUCGAAGAUUCCACACCUUCGCCUGAAGAAAGAGUUCGUAAAACAGAUAAUCUGCAAAAAGAAAUAAAGGAGAAAGCGUUGAUUUUAAACGUUCUUAAAGACGAAUCCCGGAAACUCCUAAAAAACGAUGAUGAUGUACCGGCAAAACAACUCCGCGACGACAUUGAAAAUAUUCACAAGGCAGUUGAAUCAUUAAACAAAAGCAUAGUAAUGCAACGUGAAUUAGCUGUGCAAAAUCUUACCACAUGGAAAGAAUACGAAGAAGGUAUUCGGAAAGUAAAACCUUGGAUUGAAGAAGCGGAAUGUAAAGCAGCUACGAUGGGCAGCAAACCUACCACUCUUGCCCAGGCUACGCAAAUGUUAGAAUCGGCUAAAACUUUUGAAGUUCAAUGUCAGCAGCAUCUUCCGAAGGUUCAAAGUUUAUCAAUGAUUAGUCAGCAAAUAACUGGAAGAGCAGUGGCAUCUGAUGAAGUUGAUGCUGUAUACACACGAUGGAACGCAGUUCAUGAUGUGGCGGUGCAAACAACGACUAAAUUGGAUAAAUUAGUUGCUUCAUGGAACACCUUUGAAUCAGAAGCAAAAGAAUUCAACGAGUGGUUGCAGAAUAGUGAAAGAAAAGCUCUUGAAGAACCGAACGUUCAAACACCCGAAGCUGCCAAAUUGGAAAAAGAAUUGGUAAAAUUGAAAGAAUUCAACAAAAGCAUAUCUGAUCACCAGGCUCAAUUAAUAUCACUUACUCAAGUUUCCGAUCAUAUCAGUCACGGUUUGUCGUUGGAUGCUGCUUCUGUGCUGAAGAGUCGCGUCGCUGAAAUGAAGACUAGAGUGAGCAAACUUGCGGAUACGGUUCGACAUCAUAUUAAUCGUGUCUCUGAUUCGUUGUUGACACGACAGGAGUUCCAGAUAAAAAUCACCGAUUUCGAGAACUGGAUGACGAGGCUGAGAGCUAAUAUUAACGAGAUCGAAGAGGUAAAUGUAGAUAAUGUCGAUACUAAUCUGCAAGCAGUGCAUGCUUAUCUUCAAGAACACUCGGAGAAACAACCGACGUUUACGGCAAUAUAUAACGAAGUGAAGCAAUUAUCGUCACAAGGUUCUGUGUUAGAAGCUGCUGCAUUGGAUGAAACUUAUACGUCUCUGGCAAAGAAAUACAAAGCGCUAGAAGAUGACUUGAGAGAAAAGAAAAAGAGUUUGGAAAAAUGGACUGAACUUUUAAGUUGGCACAAUGACGCCAACGCGCAAUUGAAUCAUUGCAAAUACGAAGCUGAAGCUAGAAAACCAGCUAUUGCUGAUCUUGAUAGGCUUUCUUCAGAACUUCAAACUAUAUAUACAAAGAUCAACACUUGGAAGCAACAUGUUCCGCUAAUGGACAGUAUUCUGGGAAUACAUAUUCGUGACAAGCAAGAAAGACCAAUUACUGCGACUAUUUUACUGAAUGAUCUUGAGUCUAAGGCUUUAACAUUAAAGACGGAUUUAUCUACCAAGCGCGACAAGUUGGAGAACCUUGGUGCUAAAUGGGAUAAUUUCAGAAAACUACAACAAAAGAUUACGGAGGAAAUUAUCAACACUCAAAGUAGUCUACAGGAUAUCACGUAUACCGUUGACACUUGUAAACAACUCGCGCCGGCGAUCGAGAAGAUUGAUGAUCUUAUUAAAGAGCAUCAGAGACGAGAGCCAGAAAAGGAAAUCCUUCAUCGAGAAGGUGACAAUUUGAUAAAGGAAGAUCAACGAGCAAUAACUAAUAUUCAAGUGGUGAUCUCUUCGGUCGAAGGUAACUGGGAAAAAGUCAACGAGCUCUUGCAUAAGCAAAGAAGGCAAUAUGCUGAAAUGGACGCCGACUGGAAACAAUAUCAGGAAGCCAAGGAUAAAUUAAACAAAUCGAUCGAUGAGGCGAAGAAUCUCUGCGAGUUGGUAAAACAUGUGUCAACUGAUAUCACUCAGGCGAACAUGGCUUUAGAUAAAUAUAAAAGAGCUUUGGAGAGCUUAAAGAAGGGUAAACAGUUUCUAGAUAAAAUGGAUGCUAAAGCGCAGCAGAUAGCAAAGGAGACAUCGUUAAUGUCGAAUUUUAAGACUAAUGUGAUCGAGUCUGAUUUGUCCGAUGUACGAAAAAAAUAUCAUGAGAUUUACGCCAAGGUAAUUGAUCGGACUCAAAUGUACGAAACGCAGGCCAUCAUUUGGAAGCAGAUUGAAGAAGCAAAAUAUCAACUUACAAAAUGGCUCGGUGAUACGAACGAAGCACUCAAUGCAGUUUGCGAAUGUUUGCUUGAUGCUGAGAACGGACAAGCGCGAUUAGCUAGAUAUAACGAAGAAUUGCCAACAUAUCAACAACUUCGUCAAGGUAUCGCCACGAAGACUGAACAGCUCGUAAAGUUAAACGAUGAUACGGAUAUAUCGACAUUGAGAGCUCUUAACACUUUAUUAGACGAUCAAUUUAAGCUUAUUAAAGAGACUGCGGAUAAGCUUGCAUCACUUACAUCAGUUUUUAAUGAAAAGAAGAAAAGUAUCAAAGAGGAAUUGAAAAAAUGCAGUGACAUGAUAUCAAAAAUCCGCGAGGAGAUAAUUAAAUGCGACGAUUUGACUGGCGAGAACACCAAGAUUCUGCAUAGAAUUAAUAAAUGUCAAGAAUUAAAAGCUGAAGUGGAAAAAUGCGAUUACGUUAUUUCGGAAAUUGACGAGAGAUUGUCGAAAAUGACAUCAGAGUAUCCAGUUAUAUCAAAAUCCAAUUUGCCAAAAGAGUUACAGGCCUUACAACUUCGCAGAGAUGGUGUCGCCAGUCACGCCGAUAAAGUCAACGCUACCUUGGUAGCCUUUCUAACAAAACUCUAUCAUGAGAAGUUUGGUAUUUUACAGCGCAUGGUGGCGACUCACAAGGAAAAAGUGGCCUGGUGCGAGCCCGAACAGAGCAGCGAUCGUUACAAUCUCGAAGUAAAAAUGACCUCGCUGACCGAUGUCGAAGCUGGCAUUGCUGAUUGCGAGGCGAGAAAGAUAGAUACAGAAAAUUCGUUGAAGCUUUUAAGCACUGUCGAAAGUAGCGAAAUUAUCUCCGCCCUAAGAAGUGAACACAAUAAAGUCGCUGCUGAUUUAAAAUCCUUGAAAGAAAACUAUUGGAAAAUCAAGUCUGUGCUGGAGCAGAAUAUUGAUUUAUGGCAACGAUACGAACUCAUGUCGGAAAAUGUUAUUUCCUGGCUCAAAGGGUACGAGAAUAAAAUUAGAAUGGAGGCUACAACGCUCCUGAAUCCGGACGAAAUUAGUACAAAGAUCUCCGAAAUAACGCAGCUCGAGACAAAAGUCAAGAAUUACGACAACGAGAUAAAGAAUCUGAUCGCGCUCGGAGAAGAAAUUACCAGAGUUAGUCCGGAUUCGCGCGUGGCUCAAUAUGUGGGACAUUUGAAUACGCGUUAUUAUUCAGUUCUGAAGUUCCUGGCUCAACAUUUAGACAGACUCAAUGAACUCAAACAGAUCAAGGAUCACUACGUUACCAACGUGAAGGAAUUGGAAUCAUGGUUGCAAAAUGCGGAACAGAAAUUAAAAAUCUUCGAUAAGAUCAGCGGUCCGAAGCCGAUGACAUUUUAUCAAUCCAAAUUAAAAGAAUUGAAAGCAUUUGAAAAGGAACGCGAAACUGGACAAGCUAUCUUAAAUCGAACGACAGAAACAGGUGAAAUGCUUUUCGUGAGAAUUACACCAGACUACAGAGAACUUAUCAGAAGUGAACUGAGGAACUUACGCAAUCGCGUGGAAGCCUUAACCGAUCGUACAAACGUAAUCUACAAAAAGAUUGAGAGCGACAUGAUGCAUCGAUCCUCAUUCGAGGAUAAGUAUUCUCAGAUAAAGCAAUGGAUAAUUGAGGCACAGAAGAAGUUGGGGGACAAGCAGAAUUUGUUGCCGACAUUGCAAGAAAAGAAACUCGCUUUGCAUUCGUAUAAAACUAUCGCGCAAGAUGUUGGAGCUCAUCGAAAUAUUCUGCAACAACUUCGGGACAAACUUGGAACGACACCGGAUGACGAGGCCAGCGAAAUGCUCAACAGUAUUAUUGAAGCACACGAGAAGCUAUCCGAAGAUGUGACAGAUCGUAUCAAUGUGGCAGAGAAACACGUUGCCAAUCAUGAAGCUUAUUUUCAAACGUUUGAAAAAACGCGAGAUUGGAUCAAUACGGUGGUGAACGAGAUGGCGUCCAUCGGCGAGGACCUCUCGAUAGACCGAGAUAUAGCUAAGUCUAAGAUUGCUUUAAUUGAAAAUGUGUUACAACAGAAGUCUGAAGGCGAUAGGAUUAUAGCCGACUGUAAUCAGCAAUUGAACAUUAUUUUGGAGCAGACGUCGAUAGCGGGUCAUCCCGCAUUACUAACAAGCUUUGAGCAACAGAAAAAAAUAUGGGAAGAUUUCCUUCAACGAUGCAUCACAAGUAAAAAUAAAUUAAAUCAUUUAUUCGAUCAAUGGUCUGAAUUUGAGAGAAUGGUUGAACAUCUAGAUUCCUGGCUCAAGCAGAUCGAGACGCAAGUGAAAGAUCAGAGCUUGAAAAGUUCUGAGGAAACAAAACGCGCACAUUUACAGAAGUUAAAAUCUUUAGAAGAGACUAUUGUGGCAAAGGGUGCGGAAGUCAACGCGAUGGUCGAGAAAAGUCAAAAUGUAGAAGCAGACUUGGCCACCAGGGUAUCCCGUCAAGCUACCAGAUAUCAAGCCAUCAGGAAUCAGGCGAAGGAGACUAUAACAAGAUACGAACAAUACAUGAAAGAGCAUAGUCUAUUUAAUGAAAGAUACAAUCAAUUUGUGGAUUGGAUCACCGAGGUUCAGGGUGAAUUAAAAAAAUACAGCGAGAUUGUCGGUGAUUUGGCGAUAUUACAAAGCAGACAGAAACACAUCAGAGAUCUCAGUGAUGUCAGAACUCGCGAGAAUGUUCGUUUUGAAUCCAUUAUUGACCUCGGUGAGAAGCUCUACGUGCACACUUCACCGGACGGUAGAGAGAUAAUUAGACAGCAGUUGAGAAAUCUGCGCAGUUUAUGGGACGGCUUCUCCGAAGAUCUGCAGAAUUCGACGCAGAAGUUGGAUCAGUGUCUGAUGCAGUUUGCCGAAUUUUCUCUGUCUCAAGAACAAUUAACGGCUUGGCUGCGAGACGUCGAGCGCGCGAUGCAUCAGCACACCGAAUUGAAAUCCUCGCUGGAGGAAAAACGCGCGCAAUUGCAGAAUCACAAGAUUAUGCAUCAAGAAAUCAUGUCGCAUCAGACGUUAAUCGAAUCGGUUUGCGACAAAGCACAACAGUUGGUCGAUCAGACUAAAGAUACUUCGUUGAACGUCUACUUGCAGUCCAUCAAGCAACUAUUCCAGAAUAUUGUUAUCAAGUCGCGAGAUUUGCUAGAAAAUUUGGAAGACUGCUGCGAGAAACAUCACCGUUUCAAUCUUCAAUGCAAAUGUAUCUCCGAUUGGUUAAAUAGAGAACGAGAGAAGCUGACCGAGUACAAUGAUAUAACGGGUGAACGAUCCGAAAUCUCCCGUAGAUUAACGAGCUUGGCAAUAUUAAAAAACAAUCAAGCACAGGGAAAAGAACAUCUCACAAGAUUAAAACAAAUCAGCGAGGCUGUGACUAAUAGUACCGCAUCAAAGGGUCGAGAAGUUAUAGAUAAGGAAGUGACAACCUUGGAAAAUAAUCUGCAUCAAUUCCUGAGCGAAAUCGAAUCUGUAGAGGAACGACAGAAAGCAGCUUUAGAGAGAUGGCAGAACUUCGAGGAUCAGCUAGAAGCUCACAUGAAAUGGUUCCGUUCUAUGGAAGCGAUAUUCCGAGACCAACAACUUCAACCCACAUUGAAAGAUAAAGAAGCGCAACUUUGCGCAUGUAAAGAGGAACGCGAAAUCAUCGCACGAAAAGAACGGGAAAUAGACGAGUUUGUGGAUAAAUCACAUAGUUUGCUACAGUCAAGUAAUAUCGAACGCAUCAAACCACUGAUUUCUCAAGUCACCAAUAGAUAUCAGUUGCUGCUUGUACUCAGCAAGGAAGUGAUAAAUCAUUGCCAAAGCAUCGUAGACGAUCAUCGUGCUUACGAAGAGAAACUGACAGCCAUCGAUGUUUGGCUUACACCCCUUGAAAAAAAUUUAGCCAUCUUGAAAGAAGAUGAGAUCAGCGCAGAUCUCGAAGCGAGGAAUUCGCGUUUGCAAGUUUUAUUGGCCGAAAAAGAACAGGCUGAACGUCGUUUAGACGGUCUAACAUCUCUCGGAGAAAGAAUUCUUCCAGACACUUCCGCUCAAGGGCGUGAAACAAUUAGACACGAAUUGCGACAUGCUCGUGAACGAUGGGAUCGCUUAGCCGAAGGCAUCACCGAGCAACAGAAAAAGCAGGAUGCUCAAUCCUUACAAUGGUUCAGCUAUCAAGAAACUAUGCAACAGAUUCUGACUUGGUUGGACAUGAUGGAACGUGCCGUCAAGCAAGAUUCUUCGAUUGUGUGGUCAUCUUUGCAGGAGAUAAAAUCGAAACUACUCAAGUUAAAGACAUUACAUCAAGAGAUUUUGGCUCACAAACGCAUUAUCGAAGGUGUUUCCGAGAAAGCCAACGCUCUGAGACAAGUUACCCAAGUUCUAUCGGAUGUUCAUGAAAAAGUCGUUUCCGUAUCGAAAAGAUACGAAAAGUUAAUAGAUACAUCCCAAAAAGGAAUAUCUAACUUAGAAGCAUUGCUCGAUAUUUUUCAACAAUUCCAUGAUCUUCAGAAAGCUUAUCAAGAUUAUCAAAAGCGCCAAUGGGAACGCUUAGCUAAUUAUAACGAUUAUACUGGGAACAAAACUACUCUUCAAGCCAGAUUGGCUAAAGUUAUAGAGAUACAAGACAGUCAAAGCGAAGGUGAGAUGAAGUUGAACGUUCUUGAAGAACAUGUGGUACAAAGUGCGCAUAUUUUACCAUCUCGAUCCCAGGAAUCUAUGGAAAGAGAUUUGGCCAAUCUUAGAUUCGAGAAUAAGAAAUUCGCCACAGCCGUAUGCGAUACGCUACAUUGCAUCGAAGAAAGAAUACAACAAUGGAGUGAAUAUGAAAACUUGUUAGAACGCUUACUUGCUUGGCUUACCGAUGCCGAAACAUCGUUGAAGAAUUAUAGCCUGAAAAACACACUCGAGGAAAAGCAGGAGCAGCUUGAAAAAUAUCAAGAACUACAAAAAGUUGCCGAUUCGCGGAACACGGAUGUGGCAGAACUAGUUGCGCUUGGUGACCAUCUCGAACAAUCAUUGACCGUGAAUCUUCGACAAAAUGAAGCUGAAUUCGAUAAAAUGAGCGACGAUUCGUCGGAAUUGAUGCAGAUUAGUGGCGAAACUAGAUUUUCUGUCAGCGUUCAACAAGUGACAUCACGUUUCCAAUCGAUUCAAGCAACUGCUAAGGAACUCAUAAAGAAAUGUGAACAAGCGGUAAUAGAUCACGCCAGUUACUUGGAUCGUUACAAGCAAUGCUCCGAAUGCCUAGCAAAUGCAAGAGCGUGUUAUCAAUCCACCAAGGAAAAUGCUAGUGGUACUCGUCAAGAGUUGAUUUCGAACGUCGAUACUUUGAAAGAACUUUUAUCUCGUCAACCUUCAUCUACGCUUUUGAUAAAUAGCACCGUCGAAGCUGGAGAACGAUUGUAUCCUACGACCGGCACGGACGGCCGAGAUAUCAUUCGUCAGCAGCUGCUAGAUCUUCAACAAGCCUUCGAAGAACUCUAUGACGCUGUUGCUUCGACCGAACGUGAGUUACAAGCGAAAAUUUCGCGGUGGUCCGGUUUCAACGAAUGCAGCGAGGCCUUCGAAAGUUGGCUGAAGAUCACAGAGGCUCAGUUAAAGCCGGAAAUCGAACUGAAAACUACUCUGGACGAGAAACGCGCCCAGCUGCAAAUCUACCGCACUAUCUUGCACGAUGCUCAAACGCAUCAGCAAAAUCUGCUAGAUUUUCGUGACAAAGCGGAUAACUUACCCGAUCGCACCGAUAGGAUCGACCAAACGCUGAACAGUUUGACAAACAGAUACGAUACGCUAUUAAAACGCGCGACUAAAUUCGUGGAAAGAUACGAAGGUAUAGUAAGUGAUCAUCAGCAAUAUAGCAAAUCUGUUUUGGACACGCACGAAUGGUUGGAUGCCACGCAUAACGCCAUAAAUCUCUGGGGUGACGUGGAGCUGGAGAGAGUGUCUUUACAUACAAACCUGGAUCGUCUAAAAAAUUUGUUAUAUAGUUUGCCAGAAGAUGAGCCGCGAAUUCAGCAAAUCAGGUCUCUGGGUGAGAAAGUAAUACCCGGCACUCUGGAAUCAGGACAGAUAAACAUUCGUUCGCAGAUCGAUUCCUCGCAGCAAGAGUGGGAAGGUCUUAUCUCUGCCGUUAAAUUCACCAUCGAGGCGUUGGAAAACAAGCUUCAACAAUGGAAUGAAUUCGAAACAUUAAAGGAGCGAUGUCUAGUGUGGAUGAGGGACACCGACACAAAGUUACACGCCAUCGAUCUCAAAUCUACUUUGGCAGAGAAGAAAACUCAACUCGAGAAAUUGCGCGCUCUUCAAGGUGAGGUUCGCGCCAAGGAGCUGGAAAUCGACGCUGUCGCCGAGCGGGCUCAGCAGCUUCAUAAGAACAUUACUUCCCGCACUUUCUAUAUAUCAGAGCUGAGUAUCAAAUAUCAACAGAUUUCUAGCAAAGUAAAAGAACUUAAUAACCGUUGGCAUCAAUAUGUCACCACACAUCAAGAUUUUGAUACUCAAUUGGCAGAAUGCACUACGUGGCUAACAGACAUCAAGAAUAAGUUGGCGUAUUGCUCCGAUUUAAGUGCAUCCUCGCAGAAAGAUCUGGAACAAAAGAUGGAUAUCGUGCAAGAUUUAUUAUUGUACAAAGAAGACGGUUUUGCAAAAGUUCAGAGUAUUGUUGAAUUAGCCCAAGCUGUUUUAGCAAACACAGCUCCGGCUGGUCAUCAAACAAUUAAUGAUGCUUUAGCGAAACUUCAAGAACAGUGGAGUGCCUUAGCAUCGAAGAUGUUAGAGACAAAAACGAACUUAGACGAUUCAAUAAAUAAAUGGGCCGGUUUAUUGGAGCAGAUACAAUCUAUCAAUAAUACAGUGGAAUAUAUGCAGGCAUCAGUUGACGAAAUUUCGCAGUUCCAGACUACGAUGUCGGAGAAGAGAAGUCAAUUGGAGCGAAUCAAGGUGCUUGAGGAAAAGAUUCGUUGCGAGAAUAUCGAAGUCGAUGGUCUUAAAUCCAAGGUCAAUGAAAUGAUUGCGAGCAGUCAGCAAAGUUUAGCUGCCUCGCAGGCCCAAGAUAUACUUAACAAAUUUGACGAACUUUUCGAAAAGAUCAAAUCUUUGUUGGCCGAACGGGAAGAACAGUAUAAGGAUCAUCGUCUUUACAAAGAAGCUCAUGACGAUCUCAUCGGUUGGCUUAGUCGGGCUCGCGAGAAAAUACCGUCUAUGAAGCAGAAAUCACUCAGUGAUAAAUUAGCGAUCGAGAACGCAGUAUUGCCACUCGAGAGUUUGUUGAACAAGAAAGCUCAGGGCGAAUUGUUGGUGGAGCAUUUACAACAUACCGGAAAAGUCGCCUGCGCUAGCACCAAUCCCGCUGGGCAAGAAGUUAUCAGAAACGAAAUACGAGCACUUACGGAAAGUUUUGAAGGACUGUUUAAAGAAAUUCAACAGCAAAAGAAUCAACUGGAAGCUACUGUAAGUCAAUGGCGCGACUAUAAGGACGAAUACGAAAGACUCAGCGAUUGGUUGCAACAAUUCGACAUUCUCAUUAAAGCUCAGAAAAAUGCUCUUUUGCCAAAUCUGGAAGAGAAGGAAAAACAAGUGCAGGAAGUGAAAAAAUUGCGCGAUGACCUGACAAAGGGUCAAGAACAGAUCGAUAAAUUCAACAAAACAGCUGGCGGUUUACUUUCAUCUCAUUUAGAUACUUAUGUUAACAAUCAGCUGCGGCAUUUGAAUUCACGUUAUCAGGUGCAAAUGAAUCUUGCCAAAGACGUAUUGAACAAGGUCGAGACCAAUCUGGCUCAACAUCAAGAAUAUGAGACCAAUCUUGAGAAAGCCCGUGAUUGGAUUAAGAAUGCCAAGCAGAUCGUACGUCAAGGAACAGAAGCAGCCUCGAGCAGCAGUCGUGAAGAAUUGCAAAGUAGACUCAACAAGAUCCAGGAACUGUUGAGAAAACGCGAGGAAGGUCAAAAUCUGGUACAUCUAACCGUGAAUUGCGGCGAGAAGAUUAUGAGAAACACUCGAUCGGACGGUCGUGAAGAGAUCAACAUCCAGUUGAAGGAGAUUCAAAACGACUGGGAGCGACUGGUAAAGAAAAUCUCAACCACAAAGGUGCAUCUUGAGACGAGUCUGUUACAAUGGGCGGACUACAGUUCCUCAUAUUUGCAAUUGCAACAAUGGAUCAACGAUCGCGAAGCCAAGCUACAGCAGGUAUGCGAACAGAAAGUCUCCAAAGCUCGAAAAGGUUUAGCUGGAUUGAGUUCUUUGGCGAUUGGAGAAAGAAAAGCGAAUUUACGACAAACGAACAGUAUUGUGCAGGAUAUCGUGGCAUUCGAGCCUAUAAUUCAGUCAGUCGCCACGAAGGCUGAAGAUUUGCAACAGGCAACGCCGGCUACGGAAAUCUCGAUUAAAUAUGAGACUUUGAGCAAGCAAGCUCAAGAACUGUACGCAAAGCAGAAAGAGACUGUCGAGCAGCAUCAGGCCUUCAUCGACAGUGGCAACGAAUUUGUUCAAUGGAUACGGGCAGCCAAAGAGAGACUCAGCAAGUGCUCAGAGCCUACAGGAGACAAGGAAUCCUUGGCCAGUAAAAUCACGCAGCUCAAAGUUUUACAAAGUGAAUGUUCCGAAGGCCAGAAAAAAUUAGAAAAAGCUCUGGAACAAGGUAACGCUGCCUGUCAAAUUGCAGAUGCUGAAGACAAAGAGAUAAUUGAGGAAGAAGUGGCAAUAUUACAAGAAGAAUACGAUAACUAUGUAGAUUCGUUGAAUAACACGAAGAGUUUGCUCGAAGUCGGCAUAGUAAAGUGGACGGAAUAUGAAGAUCAAUUCUCCGAAGCUACAGAGUGGCUUACGCAAACUGAGCAAUUAGUUCAAACGUUUAAUAAAUUACAGGACAGUCUUGAAGAAAAGAAAAAUGUUCUCGAACAAUUCCAAGUUCAUUUACAGACAUUGUUUGAUUGGCAGAAAGAAUUAGACCGCUUAAAUAUGAAAGCUCAAAUUCUACUGGAAACAUGCGCCGAUACGAGAAUUUCUAACGCCAUAACGCAACUCACCACUAAAUAUAAUGCACUGCUAUCUCUCGCUAAGGAAAUAAUGCGGCGAUUGGAAUUGCAUUAUCAGGAGCAUCAACAACACAAUACUUUGUAUCAAGAAUGCCAAGAUUGGAUUGAGCGCACACGAGACAAAUUGAACGAAUGCAAAAGCAUUCCCAGUACAUUGACCGAGGUUAACAAUAAGUUACACACAUGUAAAGCUAUUCGACAGACAUUGGAGCAAGGGCAGAACAAAUUGCGUUACGCUUUGGAAUUGAAAGAGAAAGUCAUCAUGAAUACCGAACAAAACGGUGCGGCAAAAAUUCAAGAAGACACUGAAAACUUGAAGAGCGAAUUUGAUAAAUUAUUGGCCGACGUCGAAGAUGUUAGACAAAAAUUGUCAGCAAGAACGAGUAUGUUGGAGGAACUCAACAAGGUUCACCGACUCAUCUCGGAUUGGUUAGAAGAAAUUGAAGGCAAAGUUCAACCAGGAGACGUAUGCAGAAACGAUCUCAGCGAAAAACGCGCUCUGUUGGAAAAAUAUAAGAUUUUGCAGAAAGACAUUUACAGUUAUGGCGAAACAGUAGAUCAUUUGAAGACUCAUCUUAAUGAGAACCCUAGCAUAUCGAAAAGUCCUUACGAAUCGGCUAUCAAUAAGUAUGACAACUUGAAGAAAUUGAUUUCCGAAAAGAUUCGUAACUUGGAGAAUCAAGUCAAGGAUCAUGAAAGAUUCCAACAAGCUCUGAACGAGAUAAAUGAUUGGGAGCGUCACACAAAGGUCGAACUUCAGCAAUAUAGCGAUACUCACGGCGAAAAAGAACAUAUUAUCGAACGAGAAAAUAAAGUCAACCAGAUUAUCUCGUCUCUGCCAAAGGGCGAUACUUUGAUCUCGAAGAUGCUGGAGUUAAGCGAUGUCGUGAUCUCUAAAACAGGCCCCGAGGGUCAAGAUUCCAUCAAGCAGGACAUGAAGCAAAUACAAGCGGACUGGAAAUCUUUGCAAGCGCAAUGUUAUGAUUCGCAACGUACUCUUGCCAACUGUAUCUCAAGCUGGUCCCAGUUCACGAACGCGUUGGAUGGCAUGAAGCGAUGGAUAGAUCAUUUUCAGAAAAAGAUCAUUGACGAACAGGCCAAAGAUAACAAUACUCCGGACGAUUUAGAGCGUUGCAAACGUUUCAUGGAGGAGGCAAUUAAACAGAAACCAGUCUUAGAGAACCUUAAUGACAAAUGUGAAGCUUUGUUGGAAAUUAGCGCUUGCAGUUGGGCGCGAGAUAAGACGGUACAAUUGCAGUCCGCAUAUAUGUCUCUUCUGACUGACGUACAAGGUCUUGUCUCGAAGGUCGAAAAGAAUUUGGCGGAUCAUACCGAAUUUUUGAAAGCCAAAAAGGAGAUGGAAGAUUGGCUACGCACGGCUUACGGUUCAGUAGAAGAUUGCGUCGGUGUAGGAGACACGGCUUGGGCAAAGGAUAAAUUAGAAACCUUAAAGCUGGUUGCGACACGCGUGACGGGAGGUCAACAUCUAUUGUCAACAUUGCAGAAUGCCUUCACAAAGGCAAUUAACAUAGCCCUUCCAGAGCAACAGGAUCAAUUACGAUCAGAUAUGGCUAAUUUACGUUCCAGUUGGGAACAAUUGAGCAUAGAUCUCAAUACGGUUCAAGCGAAAGUAAAAUCUGUUUUGAGUCGCUGGGAGGAUCACGCAGACGCUCACAAUAGAUUUGCAAAAUGGUUAGAGGAGAACGAGAGUGUUGUAAGAAAUUUUUCAGACACAAAGGGCGAAUUCGGCGAGAUGAAAACAAUGCUUGAACGAUACAAGCACAUUCAGGAAGAGGUUUGUGAUAGAAAAUCCGACUUAGAUCACUUAAUGGCAGAAGCAACGGAAUUAUCAACGUGGGCAAAGAACGACAUGAUAUUGAAUGAAACAAAACAGCUGCUAGAUCGAUGGAAGGCGUUAAGCGAUCUUGUCGAUGAGAGGAAAAAGUUAAUAGAAAACGAAAUACAGGAAUACAAUGCAUAUCACGUGGCUCUGCAGGAAACGGAGAAGUGGCUGUUGCAGAUCUCUUUCCAACUGAUGGCACACAAUUCUCUCUACAUCACUAACAAAGAGCAAACAAUCGAGCAAAUCAAGCAGCACGAAGCAUUAUUAACUGAAAUCCAGAAGUAUCAAGAAGUAUUAGACGAACUCAAGCUGAAGGGUCAUGGUCAAAUAAAUCGAUAUGUUGAUGCAAAUCCCGCUAUUAAAUCGACUAUAGAAACGCAAUUGCAGAACGUACAGGAUAGUUACAAUUCUCUAUUGAAUACCGCUCUGCAAAUCAAGAACAGGUUAGCGGAGUCUCUAGCCAAGUUUCAGGAAUAUGAGAACAUUUUGGAGAGCAUUAUGAAGAACCUAGACAUGCAUGAGACGGAAAUGAUUCAGGAACUGGAUACUCCGUUAGAUAACUUGACUUCUGCCGAGCAAAGCCUCGAAACUGCUCGCACUCUGCACAAUAAACUACAAGCCGAGAAAGCUCGAUUAGCAUUAGCAGUGGAAGCUUGCGAAGCUGCGGCGACAUGCGUUUCUAGACCCGGAAGUCCUCUCGAUGCUCCACCUAUUCAAGUUCCUGCAAGAGAAGUCGAAGUUAGAACAAGACUCGACGAUCUCAUCGAUCAGAUGCAAACGCACUUAGCAAAUGUGAUGAAAACUGUAAACGAGCUCGAGGAACAAUCACAUCAGAAAAAAGCGCUUCGUGUUUGGAUCAAUCAGCAACGAGCUCUCUGUGCUGAAUGGAAAUCACGACCGGCAAAAUUGCGAGCGGAGGCUGCCCAGUCCGAAUUGCAAGCGAUGAAUGAGUUACUCACCAACGUGUGCGAACGUCGCACUCGUGCAUUAACAGAAUUAUCGAUUCAAGAUAAGGACCAGGACAUCGAAGAGGGAUUGAAUAAGCUAGAGGCUGAGUUGAUCGAUGCCAUCGCAGGAAAGCAAGCGGCGCAAGAUUUCAUUCAAAAAUACAGAUCGCAAGUACAGGAUAUCCAAGCAUGGUUCGACAGUCUGUCAAAAAAGGUCGAUGUAAUCGAGAAAGGUAGCGGAUUGACUAUCGACCAAAAGAUCUCGAAUCUCAAGGACAUCACGGCCGAGUUCGAGUCUCAAGGACCGGAGAAACUGGCGGAAGUCAAGAAACUAGGCGAUCAAGUAAUGGACUCGGUUAGCAAUUUGGACUCUCAGCAGAUCGAAGAGCAAAUUAAGUCAGUAGAAAGGCGCUACGCGGAUAUCAGCAAGAAGCUGCAAAGAAAAGCCCAGAUUCUGGAUAUGACAGUGCAAGGUAUCGAAGCUACGAAGCGAGAGAUCGAGGAGAAUCGCGAAUGGAUUGAGCAAAAGAAGCAGCAGGUGAAGAUGCCUGAGCUGCUCGGCUUCGAAAGCAAGCAGGCAGAAGAAAGAAUCCUCGCUCUUAAAGCGAUGCUGAAAGAAGCGGAUGGAAAGCAACUGAUCAUAGAUACGCUGGAAAAAAGAGUCGUUAAUAUGCAAAACGAAUUGGAAACUAGCGAGCAACAACAAUUAGAAGCUGAUACGAGAACUUUACGCGGCGAGCAAAUUGAGUUAUGCGCCAUUUUAAGGGAAGAAAUAUCAACAGUUAGCAUAGCGGUUGAUACACGUCGCAAAUUAGAAUCUGACAUCGAACAAGCUCGAAAUUGGAUAAGAUCCAAAGGCAACGAUCUGAAGAAACUUAGCGGAUAUUUACCUCUGAGAGCUUCGAAGGUUGAGCAAGAUAUCAUACAACAUAGCAAACUAGAAGCGGAUAUCGAUUCUUUUAACGAAGGCACUCUUAAAGACAUUCUUAAACAAGGGCAUAACUUACUAAAGGAUUGCAACGCAGAAAGUCGCGUUAAACUUCAGGCUCUCUUGGACGAUCUAAAUAAGGAUUACGAGGAGUUAAAGAAAGAGGCGAAAGAAAAACAAGCCUCCUUGGCAGAUCUUCUUCAGGGUCGCAAAGCCUUCGAGAAUGAAUUUGACAAAUGUCAACGAUGGGUCAAGGAAGCUGAAGUGGCUACGUCUUCCGAGUUGCGACCUUCUAGUCUUGACAUUCUACAUGAACAACUUGCUAAGUAUGAUCGAUUAAAAAAAGAGGCGCAAGAAUAUGGCGAGGACAUAGAAAAGAUAAAUCAACAAGGAAAAUCAAUCUUGCCGACCGUGAGUGACGCGGAUAAACAGGAACUGAGCGAGCAAUUGAAGAACAUGAAGGAAGCUCACGGACGAGUGGCAGGUGUAAUCAACGAUAGAGCGAUCGCGCUUCAAAAAAGUAUAGAUGAAGCUGAAGAAGCUGCCGCGCGAGUAGCGGAGGCAAUUCAAUUCAUGGCAGAUAUUCAGAAAGAGCUUCACGAGCUGAACAAGCCCAUAGGUGCUCGUAUAGAAGACGUGGAAGGAAUGUUGACUGCUUAUGAAAAAAUUCUCGACGACCUCAAAGCCAACAAGGCAAAAUUAUUCGAUCUUCAAUCCACUAACGUUGGAGAUCUACAUGGCGUACUAGCUCAACAGGAUGACCUAAUAAGAGCUCUCGAAGCGCAAAUAGCGAAACUUCGUCAAUUGCUACUAUUACGACAACAAUUUAUCGCCUUAAUCGCAGAAAUUACUACUUUUAUUACCAAAUAUACUGAAAUUGUUCGCGAUAUCGAGAAAUCCGGGCAAACAACAGAGGAGAAAAUUAAAAAAUAUGACGACGCUAUACUAAAGAUUCAGGAAUGCGAAGCCACUCUUGCAAGCGCGACGGACAAGGGACAGCAAAUAGCGGCGGAAGGUUCAGUCGUGGACAGGAACAACGUGACAGAGCAGCUUCAGUCGUUAAAGCAACAAUUACAAGCCCUCCGAAGAGCAGUAGAGACACAAAGGGAACAACACGAGCUGGCAGCAGCCGAGCAUAGAAGACUCGCUAAUGAACUGGCCGACAUCCUCGACUGGCUUGAGAGUAAAGAGAAGGAAGUCAAGUCUAGACCGCUUCUGGCGAGGGAUUCGACCAGCGUCGAAGCAGAAUUGAAAAAACACCAUGCCCUUUGUGCCGAUGUGAACGAGUAUCUCGAUAGGAUCAGAAAUUUGAAGCAAUCGGUACGACAUGAAGAAGGAAUGCCUGGAUCAUUGAAGGAAAUGUUAAGCGAGGCAAUGUCUCUGGUGACGUCCUUACCGCGAGAGAUGGAAGAGCGGGGAAAUUAUCUCGAGAAUAAUAUGCAGAUGAGAUUGGAUUAUGCCGUUCUUACCGAUAAGCUUCAUAAUUGGGUUCGCGAAGCUGAAAUUCGACUGGAGAGUAACAAGGAAGGUCUCGAUUUUGAAAACAUUUUUAAUGAUCUGGAAGAGCACAAGAUAUACUUUAGCACCGAAUCUUCGAUACGUGAACUUGUAUCGCAACAAAUCCAACAAGCCGCGGAUAAAAUCUGGCCUUCUUUAGACAGUUACGAGCAAGAGGAGCUGAGUGCUCAGCAACAACAGCACACUCAAUUAUUGAAAAAUACCCUCAAUACGGCUAAAUCGCAACGUUCACGUUUAGAACAAGGUGCAGAGAUGUGGAGAGAUUAUACGCAGAGCUUGGAACGUGUUCGUUCUAUUAUUAGUAGGACCAGAUUUACGGAUGAACCAGUCACUACAUUAGCUGGAUUGCAAUUCAAUAUUCAAAAAAUUACGCAUGUCUUGAAUGACAUCCAGAAUCAGCAAUUUGAGCUAGAUCUUUUGAACGAGCGUGGACAAGAGGUUCUUCAACUUGCAGACACCAAUAAUAAAAAAGCCAUAGAAUUGCAACUUUCAGAGAUCAGUUUAGAAUGGCACGAAUUAAUAUCAGGUUUUGAAGGACGUAGGAAUGCUCUCGAUGCGCUUUCACAGCAUUGGGAAGAUUUGGAAACGCAAUGGGCUCUAGUCGAAACGCGAUUAACUGCAAUCGAGGAGAAGAACAAACUUAUAGAUACAGUGAUACGAUCGAAGCAACAUUUGCACGAUACCGUUAAAGCAUUGGAAGAACUCGUAACGGAAACUGAAAAACUUAAACCCGCAACGGAAGAAGUGAGAAGCUCGGCAGGAAGUGUACUCGCGUAUCUCGCAGCGUUUUCAGAAGCGUCGGCACGAAAUCUCGAGGAACGCCUCGAAAAACUACAAAAAUCCACCGACUUACUCGUUGGCUCGCUUCGUGGCAAGUCCAAAAAGGCGAGCGAAGAUUUGGAAGCGCUCGAGAACAUCGAGCGUGAGAUCGAGCGCUUGCGGAAACGAUUAAACGAGGCGCGCGAAAGCGCCUCGAGCUUGUACAUUUACGGCAUUGAUCAAGACGCAAUCGAGGCUGAACUAGGCGACUUGCAUUCGCAAGUCGAGGACUUCAUCGACACUGCGAAGAAGUUCUCAGGAAGCAUUAAGGCGCGGUACCAAGCUAGCCAGCAGCUGGUACCGAGCGACAUUACCCAGCAUCUGACUGCACUCGAACUCUGUGCCGAGGCAACAGCACAGGCGAUGGAGGAAAAACAGAGAGAUCAGAAACGUGCCAGGACCACCAGAUCGGACUAUUUGGCCGACGUGGACGAGGUGCAGGCAUGGAUCCAGCAGGCUGAACUUAAAGUACAAAACAGAUCGAUCGAACCGGCCGUCCUCAGGGAGCAUCUCAGACAGAUACAAAAUGAGCUGGGCACGAUUAGCGACAAGCUCGAACGACUGACGAAAAACGGGCAAACUAUCAUUAAGAACACGAGGGAUGACGCUGAGAAAGAGCUGAUCAACAGCACAAUCAACAAUCUCUCCGAACAGCUGGCGCAGGUCAAAAGCUGGCUGGAGGAGAAGAAACAAAUUGUGGGCGACACCCUAGACGCCUGGCAGAGGUUCCUCACUCUUUAUGAGGACGUUAAAGCAUGGACGGAGGAAAAGAAACAGUUUCUAGUCGAGCCGCUUAAGCUCAGCACUCUUGUACAAUCCAGACAAAGACUGCACGAAUAUUCGACGGCGGUCAAGAGCUGCAAGCAAGUAAAUAAAAAUCUUAGCGAUAUGAGCAGAGAAUUAGAAAAUAUCGGUCAGGUAACUAGCGUAGGCGAUCUGCCGGAAAAGUUGGCUGAGGCAGAAGAGGGCAAAGUACAGGUCGAGGGUCAGCUAUUGGAAAGGAAUGCAUUGCUGCAAGAGGCCAGUGAAGAAUGGGAGCAAUGUGAGAGGAAGAUGAAGGAUGCGCGAAAUUGGAUGGAGAAGGCCAAACAGACACUGGAGUCGCCGCAGAACAAGAAGAAAUCGUUGCGCGAUCAGCAUGCAAUCCGCGAGAAAAUGCUUAGCGACAUUGCGAUUCAAAAGACGAAGAUCACAAUCUCGGUAGAGAAGCUCGAGGUGCAUUUUAGGUCCGGUAUCGGCGGUGAUAACCGAGUCAGAAACACCGCUGAUGAUUUGAUCGCCGAACUCAACGCCCUUCACAAUACCGUCAAAGAACAAACGAGUUCUUUGGAAGUCUGUUUAGCACAGAUAGAUCAAUAUCAACAGGAAAUUCAACAAUUGAGACAAUGUAUCGUGCAGGUGGAGCAACAGCUGAGAACAGUACUCAGCCCGACGUACAUGACGAACGAUCGAGAAAAGGCUUUCCAAGAACAACAGCAGAGCCUGCAGGAACGGAUGGAAGAUUGGAAGCAACGCAGCAAAACACUGCUGGAUCAGAUAUACGCGGUAGAUCCGUACUACGUAUCUUCAAACGAAUACCGGCUCAUCGGUCAAGCCUCGUAUGCCGAUAUCGCAGCGGGACGUACUAGUCCGAGUUCGAGAAACUGUAGUCCGUACAGACAACAACGAGACGUUACUCCUUCUACCACGGUCACGCAAGUAUUACGACCUGCGCUUAUACGAGUUCAGAAGUCGACUGUAGAAUGUCUUCCAUUAAAUGAAGCACAAGUGUCAAAAACACAAAUUCAGGAAAGUGACCUGGACAAACCGAAGACGCAACCGCAAACCAAAAUGCAGGCACAAUGCGUGCAGACCGUGGACGAUCAAGCUACAAUCGGAGUGGAAGAGAAUCAACAAGAUGUAUCCGAAGUCCUUGUUGAAUCGCACGUAACUCAUCGAGGACGAUCGCCUACGCGGAGGUUGAACUCGUCUAAUGCGAGAGACCCGAAGGCGAUGGUGAUUCAAGAGGAAGAAGUCGACAGAUAUAACCAUCGUCGAUUUAGAGUGACUCCCAGGCAAGAAGCGCGAGCAGAAUCCACAAGAAACACAUUGGCACCACAUGAAGAACAAAAAGGACGUUCGCUCAGUCCCAUGUGGGUCCCCGGUUCCACUUCUUAUGCUGAUAUUCUUCGCGGAAAUAUGCAAAUGACGCAGGCUAACACUUCUUUUGCGGAGCCAUCCAGGCAAGACAUGGUUCCUUUAUCCGGAGAAUCUUCACGAUCUUCGCGUGGUCGAACUCAAUCUCCUCGCACGGAACAAGUCCCUGUGAACUUCACCGUAAACGUAGACGAAUCUCAACAAAUCACCGAAGCUUCGCAAGUCGCACCAACGCAAGAGACGCAGGUAGAAAACGUACAAAUCGCGGAGGCUCACUGUCAAUCUCCUGAAAUUUCCGCGAUGAAAGUAGAAGAGCAAAGCUAUACCGAAUCCGGGCCGAGUAACUGGGCCGACAAAGAUUUGGAAGAUAUGCUGCAACACGUCAAGCCUUAUGAGAACGUGCAGAGACAGCCAGUCACCGAGACAGUGCAGUCAACCGAGAUGUACGAUUACAUGGUACCGGAACCGAUGCCGAAGUUAAUAGGUUUUAUCGGGUCUCAGCUCAGAACGUAUCCGGUGAGUUCGUAUGUUUAUGCAUCUUCCGGUCAUCAACAAGUGCAACAACUCGAUACUACAAACUUGAAUCCUUAUAAUAACAGCUCUUUGACUUACGCACCAGAGCACUAUGUAGUGCAAACUUCAUAUCUUCCAACACCAGAUAUUUAUCAACAAACUCCGAUGCAGCAACAAUGUUCCGUUAACGACACGAGAAACGAGAUUCCGAUGUUGGUAGAAAAACCUACUGAAGUACCAGUAACUAAACAAGAUAUUCUUCAAGACGCGAUUAUAACUGAAUCUAUCGAUACGUCUAAGCAGGAAGAGUCUGUAAAUACCUCGGAAAUUUCUAUCAAAACAGAAGGAAAAGAUACGUUAUCUUUGAAUAAUAUCGAAUCCAAAGCGCAAAUCUUUUCUUACGCACAAAUACUCUCACAGGGACUCAGCCCACGCAUUACUUCAACACAUAUCAUCAAUAAAUCGCCGACCGAGGAUCAACAGAAUAAGGAACAAUCCUCUCUAUCGUUCCGCGAAUUAUCGCCGUUGCAGGAACCGAAGUGCGAGCAAGAUUCGAUUCCGAAAUCCAAGCAAUUUCAACAAUCUAAAAAGAACGACUGGGACAUGAUAAAAAAACGGGAGAUCAAAAAGAGGCAAUCGAGUGAUAAAACUGAACAAAUAGAUGAGAAAAAAUCUCGAAAGCUUGUUGAUAAGCCAAUCGAGAAACAGAAAAAAGAAAAAUUAAACCCGUCGAAACAAUUGGAAACGCGAGACGAAUCUAAUAUCAUCAGUGAUAGUUCAGAAAAGAAUAAAAGAGAAGAAAAACCAGUGCAACGAGAAAAACAAAUAACUGAUUCUAAAGAUAUGAAUCUGCUGCAAGAAAAGAAACGUAAGCAGAAGAAGAAAAAGGUAGAUAAAUCUGUAGGAGACGAAAUUGACAAAGCUCUCAAAGAGAUCGAGGAUAUGGAUAAAGUAAAAUCUCAGAGAGAAAAAUUUAAGGAGCAAAUUGAAGAACAAAACAAAUCUCAAAAUUCUGCUAACGAGACGCUGGGAAAAUGUAAAGAUGAUGUUGACAAAAAACGGAGAAAAUUUGGCGAAACAUCCAUUAAAUCAAGAAAGUCUAAAGAAAUAACGAAAAUAAAAGAAAACACACCGCUCGAACAAGCUACAUUGCAAAAUCAGAUCAAUGCAAGAGAUCAAUGUAUUUUGAAAGAUAACGCGGAUAAAGAGAAUACAAAAGAUGUGAAAAUUUUAAAUUCUAACGGCGAAGAGAAAGUCCAGAAAGAUAUUUCCAACGAAAUGUUAAAAGACCAGUCUCAAAUCGAUAUCCAUAUAUCUGAUAAUUCUGACAAAUGCGAUAUUAAAACAAAACAUAAAAAUAAAACAGACAAAAAUACAAAAAACAAAGAACAAAGCGAAAAAUCUUCAGAGAAUAAAGUCCAAAAGCAAUCCGAUGCUCUAAGUGAUAAGAGAAAUGAUAAAACGAAUAUUGUCGAUGAAAGCAAUAUAACAGAAACUGUAAAACUGUCAGUCGCUCACAAUAUCGAGUUGGAAAACGAGAAAUCAAAUACGAUAAAAAUUGAAAGCACAAAAAAACAGAAAGGUGCUUCAAAAAAAGAGAAAAAUAAAACGAAGUCGAAGAAAUCAGAACUGGAUGCAGAGAGUAAUGAUAAAAAUCGAGAAAAACUUGAGAAUGAUACUAAAGAAAUAAUCGAUGAUAAAAGUCUGGAAUCUAUUGAACCAGUAAUUGAUACCGAAAAGAAAGAUUCUAAAUUAAAGGCACUUGAUACCGCGGCACUUGAUAAAGUAAAUAGCAACGCGAAAGGUAAAACUAAUUCUAAAAAGAAAGACAAAGCUUCUAAAAGCAAAAUGAAAUCUGAGGUCGCAAUCGAUCAUACAUUAUCAGUAAAUCCGACAAGCAAAGUUCUAGAUGAAACUAAAAUAAGUUUGAAUAAUACAGAAAUCGAAAAACCAAAAAAUCAAGAAAUUGAUAUUCCAAAAUCAGAACAGAUAAUCGAAGCUGAAAUUGCAGAGAUAAUAGAAAUAAUCGAUAAUCUUACAAUUCAAUCAAAAGAAAUCGAAUUGCCACCUAAUACAGUCCCGCAAACACAAGAUAUAAUACAAACUAAUAUUAUAUGUAAAAAUGAUGAAACAAAUUAUGAUCGAAAUAAAGCUGAAGAAUUGACAGAGGAUAAAAAACUAGAACAUUGUCAUGCAAAUGCUGAAUUAGGAGCAGAAAACCUUAUGAGAGAAAAUUCAGAGACAGCAGAUACGAUGGAUGAGAAAAAAGCUAUUAAUAGUCAUAUUAAAAUGAUUGAAAAAACUGAGAAACGCGAAACAGAGAAAUGUCAAAUGAAAACGGGGAAACAGAAGAAAUCUCAAAAAACGAAAUUUAAUACUCAAGAUAAAAAUAAAAUAAGCAAAGAUGAUAUUAAAACACCACGGCUUGUUGAAAGCGAAAAUAAAUCUGUUGGAAAAAAAGACGAACUUAAUUCCGAAUCAAAACCUUCAAGUGCAUCUACGAUAGAAAAUUUCGUCCAAUCUAUAGAAAAAACAAAUGUGUCUGAGCAUGUAUUAGUACCCGAUAACAGUUGUCUUAUUCAAUCAAAAACGGAUGCCGAAAAUAACUUUGAUUUGAAAAUAGACGAAAGAGAAAAUGCAACGCCUUGCCAAGUUAAUAAACGCGAGCCAUCUCUUUCUAAGAGUAAGAAAAAGAACAAGUCGAAGGGCAAAACUGUCAUUCAAUCUACUGCAUCAACACCUAAUAUAAAAUCUACAGAAAAAUCUGAAUUGACAGAUGUGGAUCAGACUGCAGUAAGUGCAAUCGUCAAGCCAGUUAUAUCAAUAAAGGAAGAUGUACAUAACAAAACUAUGGAGUUUAUCAAAGAUACUGAAAAAUCAGAAGCAGUCUCUUUGAUUACAGAAGUUAUAAAAGAGAUUUCGGAGCCAGCAAUUUGUCCUAAACAAGAAGAAUUAGGCAAAAAUCCAUCUUCGCCUACAAAAAUUGAUAAUGUUGAGACCGAAGAGACGCAAGAAUUAUUAAAAAACACUGAAGCUGAGUUCGAUUCUAAAGUUUCGAGCGAUUCGGUCGACGAGGCUAAAAUACAUGAGCAACACAAGGAAAAUAUACAUAAUAAUAAUUUAGAAUCCGAACAAUUGCCAUCAACAGGAAAGGCUUUGAUCAUAGAGAAAACGGUUAUUACCGUAACCACUACCAGCACGAGUAUUCCAGGAUCGAUAAAAAUCACACCUGCCAAUAUCAAGUCCGUUAAAUCGGUGGAGAUUUUAGAAAAUAUACCCUUACCCAAAAUCGUAGGUUCAAAAGUCACCGAAUUAAUCACUUUGCGUCCUGAAACCGUAGAGGCUAGUCUCACCACUACUUACGCUAGGGUACCGAACGAUAUUCCCGUUUGUAGUUGUCCGGAACAAUCAGAUCAGACAAUAAAUUCCCAAACAAUAGGUUUAAUUUCCGCGAGUUCCACCGAUAACAUAAUGACAUCCGAUGAAUCAGCUCCGUUCGAUAGUAUGCAAGAUAGGAAGGUUUGCCCGGGCAUUUCAGAAAAAUUCCAUGACGCGCCGAUGAUCAUUGCGCUUGAAGAUAAAAAAGGAGAACUUGUUGCUCAUUUAGAUGAUAACAUAGAAAGACAGGAAGGAUCAAUUUUAUUAAAUGAAUUCACAAUUGAACAGGAAAAUAUCCGUCAAUCAGAUAUAAAAAUUUCUGAAGAGGAACGCGAGACAGAUAAUAUGAAAAAAGAAGAGACAUUCUCCGGUGAUAUUAUUUCACAGAAUGAUAAUAUUAUAAAAAGUCAAAAUAUUAAUAAUUCUGUCGAAACAGAUAAUACUACGGUAAUUACUAAAAUUAAUCAAGACGUAUCAUGUAUUGCAAAUAUGAAAAACAAAGAAUUAGAAGAAAAUGAAGUAGAAAAAAAUAAAGUCAAUGUCGAAACUCAGAGUAACCAAGAAAAAGCAGUAGAUGAACAAACAGUUAUAAACAUUAGUAAAAUAAAAAGCGAGAAUAUACCCGAAAAUAUAAAAACAAAGAAGCAAAUAAUACCUGAUUAUUUCUUAGAUGUUAUUAAACCUUAUGCCAUGGAUCGUCACGCUUAUAAUAACGCAGAAAGUAAUUUUUAUCGCCAUUUCAAAAUAGUUAAAAUAAUAAAAGAGGUUCAAUCACCCGCUGCUGUAAUUCCAACAAAAUCAGAAAAUAUAGAAAGAAUUGUACAAGAAUCAGUAAUGAAACCUAAAUCUGAGAACCGAGAAAUAUCUGAAAUUAAUUCCAGAAGACAUGCUCUUAUCAUAGAGACAUCAAAAUAUCCGAUCAGCAGUUUUUACGAAAUUGAGUCACAAUGGAUUAAAGAUAAAUCCAUCUCUGAAAAAUCUAUAUCUGUAUCAACUGAUGACUCCGAUUUAAGAAAUUCUGCAGUAGAAAAGAUUGAACAAACUAUUGAAAAGAAAAUGCCAAUAGAUGCAGUGUCAGCCGAAGAAAUUCGACAACCAAAUAUAACAUUAGUUAACACAACUGCUAAUACUAUAUCAGUCACUGAUAUAACAGAAGAUUUAAAUGGUACUAGCAUCGAUUCAACAUUACAAGAAAUUAGCAAAAUUACAGAAUUAAAUGCAUCACCUGUUGAAAAAAUCAGUGAUAAUCAAUUGAUAAAUGCUGGAGCAAUAACAGACACAAAUAUACAAAUAGAAGAAGCUGUUAUGAAAGAUAAUAUUAAAACCGAACAAGAAUUAUUAGAAAUUAAAACAACACCAAUAGUGGUAUCAUCUAUAAAUCUGAAAUCUGAUGAUGCUUGGAUUGAUCUUCUUGAAGAGGAAAUAAUACUUGAUGACGAUUUUGACGUUCCAGAAACUCAAACAGUAACUGAUGUCACUCUCGAUGAUCAAAUUAAAAAGACAGAAGAAGAGAUUGAGAAGGAAGAACCAAUUAUUGAAAAACAAGAAGAAAAGAUUGAAGGAGAGAUUGAGAAAAAAGAACAAAUUAUUGAAAAACGAGAAAAAGAGUUUGAGAAAGAAGCAAAAAUUGAAAAACCAGAAGAAAAUGUUGAAAAGAAAGAAAUAAUGAUCGAAAAACAAGAAGAAAAGAUUGAAAAAGAAACGAUAAUUGAAGAACGAGAAGAAAGAAUUCAGAAGAAAAAAGAACAAAUUGAAACCUUAGAUAAUGCAACUCAGAUAGAAACUGCUGUUAAAGAUGAAUAUCAUAUUGCCAUAGAAGAUAUUCAGAAUAAUAUUUUGUAUACGGAAAGCAAGAAGCAAAGCGAGAAAAUGAAAAACCAAUCAAAGAGAAAAAAGGAAUCAAAGCAUAUUAAAGAUGCAAAAGCUAAAGAUUAUGCAAAGAUUAAAGAUGGAUCUAAGAAACAAAAUGACGUCGAAAUUAAAAUAGAUACUACUGACAGCGGUUUAUCACCAGCACAAAGUAAUCUAGAAAAACAUGAAACAUUGAAGAAAAUAACUGAACCUAAUAUAGAAAAAUCUUUAACAGCGGAUGAACAACAGUCUGAAUCAUCCAAAGAUAAUGCAAAAUUGAAAGAUUUAAACGAAUCUAUAGUGAAGCAAAAAGUGCAUGAUACUAUUGACGAAGCACACAAAAAACCGUUAUCCAAAUUCGAAGAACAUAAAUCAAAAUCUAGUAAAAAAUCUAAGAAGCAAGUGGAAAAGUCUGCAAUUAUACUCAAGGAGAAAUUAGCAACGUCAGAACACCAAGAUAACACGAAGGAAAAUCACAAUAACGUACUUUCUAAAACGACGGAAAUCGAAUCGAAUGUACUUGGAGCAUCAUCGAUUGUACAAAAACAACAAGAAUCAACAGAGAAUAAUGUGCCUAAAUACGACAGUUCAUUAAAUUCGAAUGUCAAAUCGUGGGCAACCAUCGUUGGUACCACAGAAACAACUGUUUUGGAAGGCGAUUCUUUGAAUACUCAAACAUCCACUAUUAGUUGUCAAGAUGCAAUAGAUAAUGCUAAGAAUAUUGUAGAACAACCACAAGCAUCAGUCGUGCAUAAUUUAUGCGAAAUUUCAUCAAAACAAGAUAUCCACUUCUCUCCAUUAGAAAAACAAACAAGUAAAGAUGUUAGUGAGGAAUUAAAAGCAACAACGACAGAUGAAAUUAUCAAACCGAUUGCGGAAAAAUCUAUUGAAUCAAGGAAACAGCUUAAAGAAGGCAAUAAAUCUUAUGCGCAAGUCGCAGCCUCUUCUCGACGAACUCCUCCCCAGACUUCUCAAGAAGAAAUAUGCGCUGAUCUUAACACACGUAUAAUUGAACCUAUUCUUUUAAAGCCUGAUGAUAAAGCGAACAAUGCAAAAAUAUCCACUUCCGACGAGAUGCAUGAAAAUAUAAAUACAGAAAAAUUAUUAGAGCAGGAUAAACAAGUUGAUAAAAUAAUGGUGCAUCAAUCUCCUGACCAACAAACGAGUAUAGUAAAGCCUAUUUCCCAAAACGUAUCAAUUCCUUGGGUAGAAGAAAUAGAGAAAGAAGCAUCUCUUUCGUCUACUUGUGUUAAUCUUACUGGUUUAAAAGAUGACGAAACGUGUAUGAAAGUAGAAACAAAUACAUGGGCUGCAAUAGUUGGCAAAAAAUCCAUAGAAUUGCCAGAAGUUAAUAGCGUUCCUAGUCUCGGGCAAAAUCUUCAUAAGGAACAGACUGCAGAACAACGGCCUUCGGCGCAGGUCCAAAUUUAUGUAGAGGAGACCCUCGAACAAAAGCCGAUAGAGAAUUUGAUUCAAGUAGACGAACAAGGUUUCAUGGAAUUUGUUAAACGAAAAGAAUUGCGCUCCAGACGUUCUAGAUCGCGUUCUCGAAGUGCUAGACGAAAUGACGGACACUCAGUUGUAGAAAUUUCAGAUUCGGACAAGAAGAUUAAAACGUCAAAUGUAGAAUCUGAAAAUAUUAAAACCGAGAAGAAGAUUGAAGAUAAGAAUAAGGAGCCUACACAAAAACAUGAUAAUGAACAAAAAAUAAUCGAUGAGGAGAGCGACGAAUUGGCAAAUAUUAUUAAAAAAGAUGUUGUGCAAGAACUCGCUAAACCAUCUAAAAAGAUGAAUGCAUCUAAAAAUAAAAAUACAGUUAAGCAGCAAAAAGAUUUGCAUAAGCGUAAGAAAGAAAGUGAGAAACUACUUGCUGAAAAUCAAGAUCAGAAUGCUGAGAGUACCACUAUUCAAGAAAUAAAGCCUGUACAAGACAAAACAUUUGAAGACAGAAAAAGUAAGUCAGAGAAGAGCAAGUCUAGCAAGGAUCAAAUAAAACAACACACUCAAGUUAAUGAGCAAAAAGAAUUAACACAUAUCGAAAAACCAAGAGAAGAGCAGAAAUUAGUAGAUGACAUGGAAAUAUCUAAUAAGUUUCAAGAUACAAAUGCGCAAGACAAUGAAUGUAAAAAUGCAAAAGCAUUUCCAAUUACAGAGCAAAGUAGUGCUACGAAAUCUAAGAAAAAAUCGAAAAAUAAAAAAGUAAAAAUCACUACUGAACAGUUGAUUAAAAAUGUAUGCGUCUCCGACAUAAACAAGGAAGCGAUUAUAGCUGAAGAUUUAGAAGAGAAAAAGGAAUUAUUAACGGAGCCAAAAUUAGAUGACGAAAUAAAAAUAAAACUCGAGGAAGCAGUUACUACAGAUAUAACAUAUAAUAAGUCAACGAAUUUGAAUGAAGAAAUUCCAGCAGAGGAGACUAACAAACAAGAAAAUAUUGAGCAACAGGCUAUGACUUGUGACAAAACUACAGAACAAGAAAGCAUUGAGCAGAAUAUGACAGUUGACGAACCAAAGAAUACAAAGAUGUGUGAACAAUCAUACAUAAAACAAGCGGAGGAAAAAAUAAUGGAACAGAAAGAAAUUUCUAAACUUACAAGAGCGGAGAAACGAAAACAAAGAAAAAAAGCAAGAGCUUUAGUGCAAAAUGAACCAAGUGAAAGAAAAGAAUUUGAUACGGAAGAAGAUGUAGCCCAAAACAAAUCUAUUGAUUCACUUGGCAAAACAAACAUUAUUGAAGAUGUUAAAGUCGAAAAAACGGAUGAAAUAACCGAAGAAGUUGCAAAUAUUGCACCAUUAAAAGAUAGAAUGGAUGUAGCAUCUGCAAAGAAAAAUGAUGAAUCGAUAACUGAAAUACAGACUGCACAAAUAGAAACAAUUGACAAAUCUUUAGAGAAAUCCGAAAUUGUAAUCGAAAAUAAAGCAUUACUUUCACAAGUAAAUCCCAUAAAAGAUAAAGAGAAACACAAAAAUAAGGCUAAAGUAAAGAAAGAGAAACGGCAAAAUAAAACCAAGUCUCAAGAUUUUAUAAAGACAUCUACUGCUGACUCCACGGAAACUGAAACUUCAUUUACUGCAGAAAAGACUGAGAUUAUAAAUGUCUCUAAGGAUGUAAUAUCAGAUAUUGCACAGAUCAAGAAAGAAGAUGUCAAAAGUCAAAAAUUAGACAAUGAACCAACUAAAAUUUUACAAUUUUCGAAAGAUACAAUUGAUAAGAACGAUUCCUUUGUUACAUCGGAAACAACCGAACAAGAAAAUAUUAAGAAAUCUGAAUUACUUACAUCAUCUAUAAAAACAGAAAUAGCUGAAAUUAAAUAUCCAUCCGAAAAAAGAGAUGAACAUGAACACAAAUCUUUGAAAAAGCUUGAUGCUAAAUUCGAAGAUCAACAAGAGUUUCAGGAACAAGAAGAUUUGUCAAAAUGUGCAAAACAAGAUACUACUGAUAUUAUAGAUGAAAAUGUAUCGACUACAAGCAAAAUGAUUGAUGUAACUGGAAAAGAGACAGAGUUGAAAACAGAAUCCAGUUGCGAUUAUUCAAAAGAAGAGAAGGAAAAUGUUUUAAUUGAGACGAAACUUGAAGAAAACUUUGAAACAUCUAAUAAACAAACAAAAGAUGAAAUCAAGUGUGAACAGGAAACAUAUGAAAAACAAAUAAAAUUAUUAGAAAAUAAUAAUACUACAGAACCAACAGCAAAUUCAGAAAAAAUCACGGAGAAUGAACAAAUUGAUCAAAAUAUUGAUCAAAAAGAGAAGUUUGUUAAACCCGAGGAAGCCGAAUCUGGCUAUAACAUCACUUUGACAAUGGUUGAUAUAGAACAAACCGAAUUGCCUCAAAUAAAAACACUCGAUCCUAAAUCAGAUGACACUUCGGAAUUGUACGAUAUCACGGUUAACACUGAUGUCACAAAAGUAAAAUCAAUACCAGAUAAUAUUGAAACAAAUAAAUCUGAUGAAAAAAUAGGUGAAUCCUGUCAAAUUAAUGAUAUUCACAUGCCGGUAGAGUUUUCAAACGACUUGAUAAAUGUCACCAUAAAGCAUUCAUUACCUCUCAAUGAAUUAUCUUCAGCUGUGCAACACUCCUUCGAAGAUGAGGAUAAAUUGAAACGCGUCGCAAGCAUUGAACAAGAGAACUUCGAUGUUUCGGUCGAGCCCGUGAAAUCCAAAGUACAAUUCUAUAUAGCGGAUGAGAUUUUAGUUUUGAAUCCUGACCGAAAGAAGAACGUAUCAUCGGCGUUUCUUAUGCAGGAACAACCUACAUCCAAAUUAUGUAAUUCACGAUAUCUCUCAAACGACCAUGGUUUUUGGCUUGACAAACGAUCCUAUCACGAAGCCGAGCGCGAUCACUUCGAGGACUUAGCUUUUCACAUGAAAAAAAGACUUUCACGCGGUAACCAACGCGAUUCCGACGAUCGUCAUCGUCCUAGAGAUCAUGACGACGAUCACGACGGCGAUAAUUCGGGCGGUAGAUCGCGGGACACUUGCGGAGAUUCGCGUUUCUUUUUCGGGGCACCCCAGACAGAGCGUAUGAUAGCCGACUUGCCCGGUGGCAUAUGUAGCUGGAGAGAUUAUAGCACUUAUCUAUCGAAUGAGAGCGAGCGAACGCCGGAUCAUAGCUUGUCACUUGACGUGAUUAACAAUCAAGCGGUUGAUUCAGACUUAUCGUUGCCAAACGAUGUCCCAUUAUCGUCUCUUGAUCUCCCUUUAACGUCUCCCUCCUUCAACGAUCCACUGACCGAGUCGCAUACAAAGUCUCUCGCUUCCGAAGUAGAUCCGAAGGAGUACCCCGCCAUCUCUUCUUCGAAUAACGUCCAAAGUCCUGAUUAUCCUAGCACUUGCAUCCAAUCGUCGACCCUCGCCCAUCUUCGUCCACGAUCCAAACUGCAUUUAGGUAAAGAGACGAGGCAAGAAUCUAUGCAGCGAUGCAGUUCGGAUGAGGAAGUGGAGAAAAAAACGGCCGAAGACGAGAUUGAAAAAAGGAUACGCAGGAUCCAGGAUACUGUUGAGGAAGGCCUUGCUUCUCUGCAAAUAAGACUUUCGACUUUCGAAGAAACAAUGGGUCACUUGCCUGUAGACAGCAUAGAAUCUAUGCUAUCAUCUCUUACGACCAUGUUGACGGAGCUUCACACCUACGACGAAGAGGUUGCACAACUUCAAAGGCGAUUACGCGAGAUUCCUGCCGAUAUUGAGUCUCAAAGACUUUUAGCAGCUUUGACGGAAAUUCACACGCGUAUUACCUCCCUUCUCGAUCAAGCGGAGCAAGGACGGGCAGCUCUCGAACAGGCGCGAGAGGACCGAGAAAGACGCAGCCAAGAGAUUCAUACCUACAAAUUAUUCCUCGAAGAAACAGACACUUGGCUAAAAAACAUCAUAUCGAAAAUAGACGAACAACAUUCAUUUAAUACUAACAAGAUUUUACAGGAAGAAUUAAGGAGUCGCGCACAUCGAGUCUCAGAACUCGAGUCAUUACCAGAAGUGAGCGCGUUGGCGAUAGAGCUGAAGAAAGCCCUCGUAAACACAAUUAAUCAGCUCUCACAAAAGCAGCAGGAAAUCUGUGAUGAGCAAGCUCAAGCUGAUGAUGAAUCGACAGAGAGAGACAAUGCUACUCUGGAUGAAGCACCCUCAAUUAAUUCUUCCUUGGAAGGCGGUCCGCCCUCUUUGGCUGAUGUUUCCUUACAAACUGGUCAAAGUUUAUUAAUCGACGACGUUGUGGAAAAAAAAGCCCAAUUCACAAAACAAACAUCUACAACGCAAAUUCCAUCGUCGCCUACAUGUCAUUCUCUCACGACGCAGACGACGCAAGUUUUACUACCGAACGAGGCUGCUCAAACGCAGGAGGCUAUAAAAAUCCUAAAAACCACGAAAGGCGAUCAUGACGUAAUUGAGAUAGCAACCAAAUAUUUGCCACCUAAUUCUAGUCAAGAGCUAAUACAGGAGCAAUCUAGCGCUUUGUCUAGUGAAGACAUCGUUGUCGACAUGAAAUAUCAAGAUGCGAAAAAAACCGACAGCGCGACAAGCGAACUAAACAUUGUCCAUGUUGCGCCACAAUCUUUCGAGACGAUUUUAGUCGAACCGGACGACGUUACUACCGAGGUAGUUGUCGAUGCCGACGGCACCAAAAGAAUCAUAGUAAGAAAAUUACGACGAAGUACUACAGUCAGUAAACAAACUACACAGCAGCAUAUGUCCACGCUGUCGACGACACUUGGAGACACGCCACUGAUGAUGCAAGCUUUCUCAGAGGCUGCGAUGAGAGAUCAGCAAAUCACCGUGACUAAAACGAGACCAGAUGGUACCAUAGAGACUAUAACGAGACAGAUUUACGGCGGUAAAGUCACCACAGGCGCUGGCGAAGGUAUCAAUGUGGAGGAGUAUGAAACUGAACCUCGGUACACGCACAUGGUGACGCAGGGUCAGAUAGGAGAUAUUAGUUGCCAACCAGUUGAAGAAGAAAUACUGAUGGAGGGUGGUGAAUAUCAAACAAGGACUUCGAGCGUUCAUGCUGUGGUGCAGCAAGUCACUAAGCGAGUAAUCAAAAAGACGCGCAAAAUCAUUCGGAAAGUUACUAUUAUAAAUGGCAAGGAAACCACCACCGAAGAAGUGAUCGAAGAGCCUGAAGAGAUAGAAAUAAACGAGCAAGAUAUACCGCACAUCAGUAUUAAUGUGGUUAAAAAUGAAGAUCAAAAAAUUAUAGUUCCUGCGGAAAAAGCAAUCGAAAUACAACAGCAGGAAGCGAUGAGAUCAAAGAUACCAAUAGAGCAUACUCCCGAUAAUUUGAUGCAGGGGCCAUUUUUUGGGCCAUUUGCUAAGGAUAUAAUGAGUGAGCGUCGAGAUCAAAUAAAAGAAAAAAUUACAGAGAAACCGAUGAUGACCGCGGAAAAAAACGAUGACGUCGUAGAAAUUGACACAUCGAAUAUUGUAGAUGAAAGCAUGUUGUCAAAAGAAUUCUUGAUGACAGAUUCAAAGAUAAAGUUAGCAGAUUCCGAGCAAACUGCGAUGCAAGAAACGCUCUCUUCUUUGGGAGAACAUGUAUCACAAUUAGAACAAUUAGAAAAUUUAAUUAAUGUUCCAGAUGAUGAAAGCGUUUCUGUUUUACAACGUGAUGAAAAUAUAGUGCCAAAAGAAAUGGAAACACAAACGAUGAAAGAACACGAAUACGAACAUUUCCCCACUGAGGUAAAUGGCAUAAAUACACUUCCUGUUGAUAAUGAAGCAUUCAUCGAUGCUGAACGAUCUGCCGUUUUGCAGACUCCUGUCGAAGAUGUCUAUGUUACAGAGGCAGUACAACCGGAAUCUUUAAAAUCGCCAUUAGAGCCGACAGUAACAGAUGACGAAUCGGUGGUCACCAAGACUAUUUGUAAGUCUGACGAUGCACCAAUAAAAAUCGAAACACUCAAUAUCGAGCUAGAAAACGGCACGGUAGAAGUAGAAAUGCACCAUGAUGUUAGCAGCACUGUAGAAGCUGGUACAAAUGUCGAUAUAUCGAAUGUCAUUCUGUUAGAGGAAGAAGACGAAAAGGAAGGAAUAUCAAAGAAAGACGGAUCGUUUGAACCAUCCAAGAGUAAAGAAGAAGAUGUAACCUUAACAUCGCUUCAACAAUCAGAGUCACAAAAUGAAUCGAUCAUUCUACCGUGUGAAAUUAUUAAAUCUAACGAAGAAAGAACUGCUUCAAGAUUAAAAGAUAUUGAAACAUCACUUAAAGAACGAGAAAUGUCAGAAUUAUUUAUAGAAGAGGAAGAAGAUAAUUUAAGGGAUGAAGCACUCAAGCCCGAGUACAAACCGGUGUUCCAUAAGGUUGAGAUAGCCUUGUCUGUGAGUAAAGAAGAUGAGGAAAUGGAACCAUUGGUCUCUAUCAAAACUCAGGCAGAACGAUCCGAAAUUGCCCCGUAUAGCAUCGUUAAGGAGGAUGUAGACAUUAGUCUUCCGACGGAUAAAAAAACGACAGGAGUAAUACACGAUAAGAUCGUACAAACCAGCGCUUUUCUUACAGCUGAAAAAGAAACAGAAACCUUACAAGAGACGGCAAACAAAGUAGUCAAUGUUCACAUCGAAUCUUCGGAGCAAAGUAAAUCAGAUACGACAAGUCAUAAAAGUAGAAAAAAGAAACGCCACAAGGAUAAGACAGAGUCUUCAGAAAAACCUGUAGAAGCAGAAUCUAGUACUUCCAUUGCUACAUCGAUUGCUGAAUCUAUGGAGAUUAAUGUCCCAUCAUCUGAUUCAUCUAAACAUGCUAGUGAACAGCCGCAACCGGAUGUUACGGAGAUCAUCAAAUCUAACAUUGAAUCGUCUUUAAGUUUAGAUGACGGUAUUGUGGCCGAAGAAAAUGGAUAUCAACCGGAUGAUGUUGAUGUAUUGUCGAUUACACCGGAAGAUGAGAUUGGCGCAAAAAGAAAGAGAAAAAAGAAGAAAAAGCAAAAGAUUCGAUUAAUUCAAGAUGAGGAUCUAACUGAAGUGCCCAAAACUAGCAGCGAUGAUGCGAUAUUUACAGAUGAUAGCGUUUAUUUAAAGAUUUCUAAAUCUGAAAAAGUAGAAGAUGACAUAAAAGAAAACGAUGCAAUAAAAGAAGAUAAUAAAGUAAUGGGAAAAAAUAGUUUAGAAGAUAUAAUGCAGCAAGAGGGUCAGGCGAAAGAAACUAAAGCCGAAGUGACACUACAAAACGAGAAUAUUAUUGAAUGCAAAGCUGUAUUAGAUGACGCAAACACUCAAACAAUUAUAGAAACAUGCGAUAUUUCAACUUCAUUUACUCCAAAGAUAGUCGAGGAGAGCUCGACAUUUAUGCAAACAUCUCCUGAACCGUUACCUUUAACUUUAGAAGAAGAGAGUCAAACAGAUAAAACUGAAGAGAUUCAUAUUGAGACACAAACAAUUUUAGAACCAGGACUUGAUUUUAUUACGGAAAAUAUCGUGGAAGAAAUCCCGGAAGUGGAAGAUCUAGGUAUACAGACUAUGACACCUGAAGCCACGCCAAUGGAGGAGUUUGCUAUUCAAACUAGUCCAAUCGAGGAUAUUCCUUUCAUUAAAACGGAAAUGGAAGAUUCUCAAGCCCAAACAACUGAAGUUGAUGUUCUUUCCACGGAAAUGCAGACUUCGCCUGUUGAAGUAGCUUUAAUGAUGACAAAUGAAACUCAGACAAUAAUAAAUACCGCGAUGGAAGUUGAGCAACAAACUACUCCACCACCAAUAGCAGAGAAAGUUAUUCUGCAGGAAAGUGGUAUUCAAACAUUAUCUCCAAAAGGACCAGAAUGUUUGGAAAAAGAUGUACAAACAAAUGUCUUGCCUAGUCCGGAGCAACCAAAUGUUUUGCAUACAGAUACUCAAACAAUCGCAAUACCUGAAACGCCUACUGAAACAAUUGAGACACAAACAACGCCUGAAGAGAGCCCUCGAAAGACGGAGCUGCAAGAAACCGAAAUGCAAAUAAAAUCAAUUAAAGAGGCUACAAUGCAAACCAGUCCAACUGUUAUCAGUCCAGAACCUAUACAAGUAUACGAAGAAUCUAUCCAAACCAGCAUCGAGGAAAUGAAGGAGACUACCGAGGAAGAAUCACAGACUAGUUCUCCAGAGAAAAUUCAGACCUUUGAUAGUUCGAUGCAAAUAGAAACAGAAGAUCUGAUACCACAAAUCGAGAAAAGUAUACAAAAUAUUCCUGAUACGUGUGAAAUUAGCGCACAAACAUCAUUAGAGAAAGAGAGCCAGCCGGCCGAGAUGACGUCGAUAUCUCAACAAACAACAUUAAUUUCAACUCAUACAGUUGAAACAUGUACGGAAGAUUCUAAAAUAGAAGCAGCUGAAAAAGAAGAUGCACAAAGAACGCCCGUUUUAGAAGCGGACGUCUUAAAAGAAACGACGAAGAAAGAGGAAAUAAUAUUUACAGAAAUAAUAGAAACUCCAGCAGCACCUGAUGUACAAGUACGAAAAAUAGAAGAGGUAAGAGAAAUGGAAGUUGCGAGUGACAAACCAAUAUCAGAGAUUUUCACAACGAUUCCAGAAAAUAUCGAGCAGAGAAAAGCAUCUGUCGAGAAAGAAAUAAACCGUCAAUUUUCUGAAAUACCUACGGUAAAAGAUAAUUUAAAAUCAUCAGAUAGCGUAAAAACAGAAGAAUCUACGGUAUCAUCUUCGAUAUCGGAAAGAAACACUACUCCGGAUACAUCAUUUGAAAUUCAUGUUCAUGCGAGCAUAGACUUGUCUGCCAGUGACACGCUCGAUACUGCUACAUCUGAUAGCAAAGAAACACCUGAUAAUUCGCAAGAUACAACAACUACUGAGGAUCUUAAUAAUGACGCGGAUGUUGCAGAACACAAUAGCAAGGCGAUUAAACGGCAAAGAAGGAAGAGGAAGCACAACAAAACCAUGGAAAUCAAUCUAUCUAACAAGGAUAAGUCAGAAUUCGAAUCUAUAUUUGGACAGCCAACAAAGUCCCAAGAUACUACCUUGAAAUUGUCUUACUGCGAUGUAGCCAAGAAAAAUGUCAGCAGGCGAACAUCUUUAGUGGAAAAUAAUGACGUUGUGAAUGACGCAGUAUAUGAAUAUUCUUCUCAAAUGAUACCUCAGAUUGAAUUAGAUCAGAUUAAAUCGGAGGAUAUUGCAUCGGGAAGUAUAACAGAAAGCACGAAUCGACAUGAAGAAGACAUUCAAGGCAUACCAGAUAUCUCAACUACCUUGAAAACAUCGGAUCAAUUUAUGAUUGAUUCAGAUCGCCACAUUUCAGAAACAACAGCUAUAUCUGAAAUAGUAGCAGUACAAAUGCCAUUUUUACCUGACAGACCGAUGAUAGAACCAUUACUGAUGUCAUCGGACCAAGAAAAAUCGUCCGCAAUUAUAUCUAUGCAGUCGUCUCCUGAACCGAUGGAUACCACUGAAGAGCCACUGUCACCUAUAGAAAUCGAGCAAUCUAUUCUCAGUAAAGAAAUCACUGAAUCGUUCCAAGCAGAGACUCCGACAUAUGCCGAAGUGACAUCCGAAUCGCAUAAAAAACUUGCACCAGCCUUGCCUAGCUCCGAACUAUACGAAAGAAAAGAGAUGAAUUUGUGGCAAGAAUCCGUUACCAAAGUACCAUCUCUUAACACUUUGUCUACAGCUUCUCUUCUAGAAAGAUCUUUGGAAUAUGACAUCAAACCGCAAUAUCAGAGAACGCCACAAGCGAUGCAAGCUGCGAAAAUAAUAACUGAUCGAGUGAAAAAUCUACAGAAUACCAACGAGUCGAGUUACUUAGGUAACAUUUUGCACAUAGCACAUCUCGAAGAAGUCACCACGGAGAAACUCGUGGAAGAACGUUCGUCAGAUAUUCGCAAAGAAUUGGCACAACUAAAAAAUGCUAUUCAAGAGGACGAUGUGGAAAUGGUUGAAGAAACUUUUAUUACUAUCGUCGAAACAAUCUCAACUUGGCUGGAGACUAUCGAGUAUCGAGUUUUUCUAACCAGAGAAUGUCCGACUGGGCCUUCUCACGAGGAUGCUAAAACGUUUAUCGAAUUGAAAGACGAGAUGGAUUAUGUCAAGGAAAAUAUUUGCGAGUUUGAUAACAUUUGGAAGCAAUUAGAGCCAAACUAUCCGGAACAAGAACGGGAAAGAUUACGAAAAUGUAUAGACGCUGUUGAGCAUCAGAUGAAAAUCAUCGAGCAUAUUACAACUGAUGAAGAAAAACAUGCUAGCAGACAACUUGCAAAAUGGGACGAAUUUUUAAAUGGCGUGAACAAUAUAUAUAGGCUAGUCGACGAACAACGUAAACAGCUUGAUGAUAUAAUCGAAAGUGAAAAUUCCACACGUUGGAAAUUACAGGAACUCGAUAAAUUGGAGAACACAAAUCGCUGUCAUAUGUGGAAGACGAGUAAGCUUAUCAAUAUUACUUGCGGAUUAUUGCGCGAUUACCCAGGCAAGAUUAUACCCGACGAAACAUACGCCGCACAUGAAAUGACGAAGAUCAUUGGUCAUAAUGUAGACGUCGAACGAGAGCGUCUUCUCCAAUUGCUCGUCUUAGCUGAGGAAUACGAGCAAACGCUCCAGGAAUUUGAGCAAAUUACCGACAUCGCUGAAAAUCUAUUAGACAGUCCGAUAUCUGUGAUGAGCCUGGAAUAUCUUCAAGAGGAGAUGCAGAAACACAGAAAGUUCUUUGUCAAUUUAAAUCACUGUCGCGCGAUUCUCGAAUCGUUGGAAGGCAAUCUAGACCCUGAAACCAGAGCCAAACAUUCAGAUCUGCAUAAAAAACUUCAUGAUAAAGCGACAGCGUUGCUCGAUCAAGCGGCUUCAAGAGCGCAACAAAUGGCGUUGGCCGCGUCACGAUGGAUGCUACUGGAGCAAAGUGCGAAAGAAGAGAGAGGAUGGCUCCAAGUUGCACAUCAACGUGUUCCUGAUCUUCAAACAGUGACCUCGACCGAUUACGAUCAAUACAUCUCUUUAUAUCAGUCUCUAUCAUCAGACGUAGCAACCCAUCGUGCACGUUUAAUUCAAUUAUUCGACGUGGCAUGUAGUCUCCGUGAUCUCAUCAAUAUCGAGGAUCCCGAAGAUCAUUACGGUGAAAUUUUAGACGUGAUCGUAAAACUGCAAGACAACAUUGAGUCCUCCUUGAGAAGGCUACUGGCCUUCAGAGAGAUUUGGAACAAUCAAGAAACAUUGAUGAGCCGUGUGGAACAAUGGAUGACAAUGGCUGAGAAGGAGCUUGCCAUGUUACGCGAUCCCUCAGGAAGUUCCAUGCGUCAGUUCUGGGAAUUGAAGGCACAAUAUGAAGUUCACAACAACAUGCGUAAUGAAGCAGACAAUUGCUUUGAGCAAGCUUUGGGAAUUAUACCUUUAUCAGACGAAAUAUUACAGCGACAAUUUCAUUACGAAUUGCAAGAUCGUUGGAACGAGAUCAGCAAUAAAAUCAACAAAAUCCAGAUGGACGUCACCCGCAGCAUUUUCUCGGAGGAGAUCUCAUCGAACGAGAAACUGAAGCUAUUCGAAAAGGAACUGAACGAAUUACGAACGACUAUCAAUAGUUUUUAUGGAGUAUUAAAGACGAAAGAAGAACUCGACUUGUAUAUCGAGAGACUCACUGUUCUAUUCGACAGAAUCUCUUUAAUUCAAGAUGAAAUAGGUCGCUUGGGUCUUUUACCAGCAGCAGAAAGCGAAAGAAUCGGAUUCUUGUUAUCAUCGGCUUGUUGUAUAGAGGGACAGAUAAACGAAGAGCUAGAUUCGGCGCAACUACUCAGAGAAAAAAUUCAACUUCUUCAACGUGGAUUAAGUCGCUUUAGGAAGGCCUACAAAAGAUUGUCGACAAUACUGGAUCAAUGCGAGAGCAGCGAAAAACAAGAAAGUGACUUGGUGGCCGCGGCUGUGAAUCAAUGUCAAUCAGUCGCAGAUGAGUUGGUAAUUCUCUGGCAAGAUCUAAUGGCGUUAAGACAAAUGCUGCAUCAUUUGCCGACUUCGAUGAGAGUAACAGUAUCGCCGGUAGGCAUAGAAAGAGACUUGUCCAACAUACAGGAUGUACACACCGAACUCGAAUCGAGAUGCACGCGUCUGCUUUCAUUACUGACGAACAGAUUGGAGUUGUGGCGACGAUUCGAAAAGCAGUUGGAAAUAGUGCAACAAUCUGUUCAGGAAGCGGAUUAUAUGAUGGAGCUAUUAACCGUCCAAGGCUCUGUCGAUUACGAGAGAUUACUAAAGGCUACCGAGCGACUCGAGGGUUUAAACGGUGAUUUGGGCGCCCGAGAAGUUCUCAUUGACGAAUUACGUACUGUUGCCGAGCCUCUGCGGGAGAGCUGCGCCGUUGAAGUCCGCGACAGAGUCGAUGCCAUAGUAAAUGAAGCCGUACAGGCUUGGGAAGAUACAAGAACCGAAUUAAGCGCCCUUUGCACCCGAUAUCAACACGCGUGCAGGCUCUGGCAACAAUACAGGGACUCUAGUGCCGCGGUGAAGGCCUGGGUAGACACUCAAAUGAACAGUGUGGUAAACUUGCCACCGGAGGAAGCAGUCAAGCAGGUCAAGAUUUGCGAGGAGACACUGGCGGAACACAAGGAGAGACUGGCGGAAUUGCGCGGUCUAGUAGCACAGAUUGCUUCAGACGUAGGUCUGAACGCUGAUGGACCGCUUCACUGCGAAGUCGAAGCGCUCGGUCAACGACUCGAGGAUGUUCGGGAAACCUUGUCGACUCUCGCGGAUACGGUAGAUGCUCAUGUUCUCAAUCAGGAACUUGCCCGUGGUGAUCUAUGUCAGACGAAAAAUUUUCUAGACUCGGUCCAACAGAAUCUAAUGACGGUGGGUCAAGGCGAAUCUAACGAGCAGCUGACAGUGCUGCGGAACCAUCUUCUCGCUUUAACUCGAACUGAACCGCAGCUUCAAUUCAUCAAGGAUCGCGCGUUAGAUAUGUCUGUACAAGAACCGUCAGUGGUCGAAGUGAUCCAAUUAUGGCAGCGUGUGUUUCAAGAAACCUUCCAACAGUAUCAUCGUUUGUCGACGCGAUUGAUUCGCUCGCAAGACGUAAUCGCCGCGCUGAAACUCUGGGAGGAAUAUCUGACACAUGUGCAGGACUUCCUGUCGACCGGCGUGCCAAGUGACUACAACGGUCUGUCGGAACAUCGGAAUCUCUGCGAGAUUCAUCGGAAACUUCUACCUGAGCAGCAGAAUGUCAUUUUAACGGUACGGCAAGAGAAAGAGCGUGACAGAUCAGUCGCCGAGCAAUUCAACGCUUUGACAAAUCUGCACAACGAGACAUUGGCGAGAAUACUAGAACGACACGCGGUGGUGCGCGACAGAAUAUCGGCCUGGGACAAGUACAGGCUAGAUCAAAGUAAAUUACUAGCUUGGCUAAAAGAAGUUGAGAGAGAACGGCAACGUUUGCACCUGCAGUUUAUUCACCUGAGACGGCUCGACAAGAUCCUACAGAGAAUUCAGGCGUUGUUAGAUAAGGUACCAACCGGCGAGACUCAGAUAGAGUGUCUUCAAAAGCAGCAAGAGUACCUCCUGACUAAUUGCGAGGAGGCGCUGGCCGUCUCGAUACGCAUGGAACACGCCGCGAAUGCGCAACGGAUUGCCAAUCUGCGCGCCGGCCUCGAGACCUGGAGAGAUUUUGUCCAGAGAGUGCAGAAGCUGUAUGAAGAACACAUCGAGCAGUCCAGUGUAAUCACUACGAUCUUCCAAGAAAUCAGUCAGACGCUGAGUGCGGCCUUUCACGCGAAACCAAUGAGCCUAUUCAAGACGAAGGAGAAAUUAGACUCACUUCAGCAUUUAAGAAUUCGUCUGGCUGAUGCACAACGCAAUCUCGAAUCUCUCGGUGUCAUCACGGAACAGUUGAGAGAAUGUCUAAGCCCGAGCGACAUGAAGACGCUAAAUCAGCACGAUGCACUUCUAUCGCAACAAUACGGCGACCUUGAGUAUCAAUUAGCCCUGCUAGCGUACAGACUUGCAGAACGUUGCAAUCUUCAUGGUCGAUGGGAAAAUAGGCUAAACAAGUUUUUGUCAUGGAUGGAGGACACCACGCUCCGAAUGCAGGAUUACAACACAAUAGCGUUGGACGAGCCUGAGGAGACGGUGAAGCGACUCGCAAGUGAGCUGCAAGCGGAGAUGAGCUUGAAGCAGCGCGAACUCGAAUGGUUGCAAAAUACUGGGCAGGAGCUGAUAGAUAUUGCUGAAGAGACGGAGAAAGCAAAGCUACAGCAAUCCUUGGCCGAAGUCAAUGAAAAAUGGAAUCACCUGAUGAUCGAUGGCAAAGCGAGAGCUAACAAGCUAAUCGAUCUAAUUCAAACUAUGAAUACGUUGCUAAAAAAGAUAGUUGAUUUACGAACUUGGUUGACAGGCAUCGAGGGUCAGUUAUCAGAGACUCUCAUAAUCGAGAAACCCAUGCAGAAAAGCAUCGAUAAGAAGCUCGAAGAUCACGAAUACCUCAAGACCACGAUCGAGGCCGAGAGCGGUAAUAUUAGCCAAGUGUUGAAUCUAUGCGAGAUUCUGCUGAACGAUUGCGACACAUGGAAAGCCUCUUUUAAUACAGACGCAAUAAAGAACGGUAUGAACUAUCUAGAGAGACGAUGGAAAGCCGUGUGCGUUAAGUCCACUGAGCACAAGAAAAAAAUUAUAAUGAUUUGGAAACUGCUGCAAGAACUAGAUAAAACUAAACACGAGUAUGAACCGUGGCUAUCCAAGACGGAAAAUUCUCUGUCAGAGCUGGAGAAAAAUUUUAUCGAAAUAUCCAAGGAAGAAUCAGAGAAGUUAAUGGAGAAAGCUAAGUCGAUCGCUAGAGAUAUCGAGGCGCAUCAAAAAGCCUUGAAAAUCCUCGAACAAACGUUUGAACGAUUGGCCAAAUCCGGACUGGAUCCCUAUAAUUUCAGAACGCUCACGAGCGAGACGCGGAAGAUCAUCGAUAGGUGGUUGGCUGUUGGAAUGAAAAUCAAUGCCAUUAUCCCGAGCCUCCAACAAGAACAGAAGACUUAUCGCGAAUUCGUAUACAUGCAUGGCGCCGCGGUCGUAGGCUUAACGCAGGUAGAUGUUCGCUUAACGCAGAUGCAGCAUCUCGCUACCCCCGAACAGAAAUCAUCCCUGCGACGAAGGCGUCAGCAGUUGAGGGAGAUCGAGGAAGAGCUCGACACUCAAAAUGUCACGCUGCGAAAGGCGGAUGAGCUAGCGUUGCGGGUCAUGCAGGAGAGCAAUUCUGAUGACGUGGCCGCGAUUCAGGAACUGGUAGACGAAUAUCAAUUAUUGUGGAAGGAUAUCAAAGAGCGGGUAACCGUGCUGAAAGCGGACUUGGAGAUGCAGGAGAGAUCGGAAGUUGACGAAGCGGUGCAAGUAGAGACCUUAAAAUUCGAGCAAGACACCGCAGUUCAGGUAGAUACUCUACCGAGACUUAUCAAAAUGACCUCGUGCGAUGCUUAUCUGAUGGAACUAGAGGCUGCCUUGAAUGAAUGCAAUAAUUCCCUGAACACUCUGGAAGCGGCGGUGACACCUGAUCCUGUUUCCGGUCCUGGACUCAACGCAGCUGCUAAAACUAUCGCUAAACUGAUUGGAAGUUGCCAGUCUUCAAUAGAACUGGUACGCCACUUUCAUACUCUGCUCAUGGAAAAUGGCAAAUUGAGUUUAGGAGUUGCUAAAAGUAGCGAAGUAACAACACUAGUAGCUCGAUACGACACACUCAUUGCAUUAGCAAGAGCACGUGAACAGCAAAUCCGAGAGCUCAGAUCGCCCAUCACCGAUGCUUACGCUUUUCCAUGUGAUCACGAUAAUGGCAGAUUGACCUGUCCACUAUGCUCUCGCCGUAAUUGGGCUCAGCUGGACAAUGAUUUCUGGCGUUUGGACAAAUGGUUAGAGUAUGCUGAAGGUACGCAAAGUGAACAGCAUUCGCCACCCAGCGACAUAGAACAACUGGAAGACGUAAUUCAAGAUCAUCGCGAAUUUUUACUUGAUCUUGACAGCCACAAGAGUAUUGUAACAAGUUUGAACAUAGUCGGCGCUCAUUUGGCCGAUCAUACCGAGGAUAUGGAACGUGCGAAAGAGCUUCGCGACCGAUUGUCUGUGGCGAACAACAGAUGGGAAAAAAUUUGUACAGCUGCCGUGCAAUGGCAAGAACAGUUGCAACAUGCUCUCAUGACAAAUCAUCAAUUUUACCGUAUUAUAGACGAGUUGUUAGCUUGGCUCGAGCGCACGGAAGUCAGUAUUCGAGACAGCGAACCGAUUGAUCUGACUGAAUCUACCAACGUUAUAGAAGUAAAAUAUAAUAAAUUUAGGGAAUUGCGGAAUGAUCUUGAGCGUUGCGAGCCGCGAGUGAUAUCGUUACAAGAAGCGACUAAUCAUCUUUUAGAUGAACAGGCGGAAACUAGAACACGUUUGCAGGAACUACGAUUAAGAUUGCAAUCGUUAAGAAGAUUAACCGGUAUCUAUACUCUUAAAUUGGGAGCUGCUCUUGGGCUGGACCCGCGAGAUGUUGGUCUCGCCGCUACAUCAACAUCUCUCGCAUCUCUUUCACAUGACCUACUCGACGAAGCUGCCUCUGGAACUGAUCAGCCUCACACUACCAGCACAAAUGGUGACGAAAACAACCGAACAGUAUUGGUGCGUGGAUAUCGCUUCCUAGGAAGAGUCCUAAGAGUUUCUCUACCGAUACAAGCUCUAAUGCUAUUAUUGCUUGGCAUCGCAUCAUUGGUACCGUCUGCAGAAGAGGACUACAGUUGUACUCUCUCCAAUAAUCUCGCCAGGAGCUUUACGCCGAUUGCCUUUUAUCCGAAUGGACCGCCACCGGUGUAACGAAUGAAUGCGAUGUACUUAUUUCGCUGUCAUUUCACUGUGUGUGUGACUCGAGAUUGAUCCUCCGCAAAUAUUAGCAGCAAGCCAAUAUGAAGCAUAACGAUCAAAUUUCUUUACUUUCCUUCUGCAAUCAAAGGAUAUAAAAGAUAAAAUUCGUACUGUCCUAAGUUUGCCUCAUUGGUAUAUUUCCAUCGCGCAAUUGCAAAACUAUAAUACAUAUAGAAAAAUCUUUAUAUAUACAAUACUAUAAAUAUAGUAAUUUUACAUAUGACGUAUUUCUACAUAAAUUAUGUAACGGACCAAGCGGUAAUUGAGAAUAAGUAUAAACCGCAUGACGAGAA